AUGGCAAUUCUGCAAAAACAUGGAAAGAACUCUAGUCCAGAUUUGGUCUGCCUCAAAGAAACCCCCCCAGACAAAAUCGGGGACGCUGGAGGCCAUCAGAAGAAUUGGAGUGAACAGAAUACGAACUGGCCGAGGUGAGUUAAAGAAGAUUUUUUUAAGUAGCCAACUCACAUUUUCCCCAAAGACUAAAACUACGAUAUUGAAAUUACGUACCUUUUCUUGUUAUGUUUUUAAUAACAGAACAAUAUAUGAGAGGUGUGUUAGCUAGUUCCUUAUUUUGCAAAUGCCAUAACGUUGCAAAUUAGAAAUAAUUCGAGCUCCUCUGUAGGUUACUGAAAGUAGUUGGCAUUGGCAAAUGGAAUUUUCAGAACAUUUUCUCUCCCUUGACGUAAGCAAACAAAAAGUUCGACUCACACAAAUGUAGCUUUGUGUUUCAUACUUUUGAGUCUACUCUAAAAGUGGAUACAAAGUGUAGGCCUACAAUGAAGCCAUAAUGUAACCAUAUGAAAUGUAGCUGGUGGUCUCCAGGUUAUUUUACUAAGCUGCACACACACACAGCUUUGGGGACUUUCGAAGCUACUAGAAAGUCUGAUAGUCAGGCAUUCAUAGAAUUUUCUUAGCAUCCCAUCAUAGCCUUAUCUUUGUCUUGUCAACUAAUGAUUCAGCCAAUACUUAUAUCAUGAGAUGUAGGCCUAACCUAGCUAGUUAACACAAUUUAGCACAGAUACAAUUUAAACGUUUGAAGUAAAGUGAAUAUGCCUAGUUGGUUAAGUUAAACAAAAUAAAUACACAUAUGUUGGUUUUACUGAGAAUAUCACACCCACUCUCACACCCCAUUGUCUUUGCUACACAAUCAUUCCCUGUACCCGCUACGCAGACCCCUGGCCCGGGUAUGGACGGUGGUGCUACUGCUGGGGACAUGUCUGCUGUACUGUGCCCGCGUGGCCAUGCCCAUCUGUGCUGUCAGCAUGGCCGAGAAGUUCAACUGGACUAAGAGGGAACAAGGCAUGGUGCUGGGCAGCUUCUUCUGGGGCUACUGCUUCACACAGGUUCUCGGAGGCUACGUCAGCGACAGGUGGGCAACGAGAGGAGAGGAGAGGAGAUUAUUAUAGAGUUAUUGUCUGUUUGUUCAUAAAUUUGCACAUAAAUUGCCUGGUUGCACAACCUGCAGCUGCACUCACGACAUACAAUAGCUAGAAUAAACAGUGUACAUUUAGUUACAUUUAUUCACCUUUAAACACAGAUGGACAAUCGGAUGAUAUGAGACCUGUGAUUUGAGAAUGAAAUAGCCUAAUACUUUGUCUGUUUUAUACAUUUGUUUUCCAUCAUACUACAGACUAUAAAACAAUGCAUUUUAUGUAACUCAUAUUCACUUCAAAACACCCAUUACAAUGCUAUUACCCAUUAACCCAAAAAGCAAAAGAACAACUGAGGGGGUGGUGGAAUAAUGUCACGGUACAGAGAACAUACUGUACAUGCUACAGAGUAUAAAAGGAAUGUUGUUUGGGGAGAUUGAGAAGCCAAUACCCAUUUCAGACAGAAGAUGUGGUAUUUUACCUUAAAAUAUACAGUGAGGGAAAAAAGUAUUUGAUCCCCUGCUGAUUUUGUACGUUUGCCCACUGACAAAGACAUGAUCAGUCUAUAAUUUUAAUGGUAGGUUUAUUUGAACAGUGAGAGACAGAAUAACAACAAAAGAAAUCCAGAAAAACGCAUGUCAAAAAUGUUAUCAAUUGAUUUGCAUUUUAAUGAGGGAAAUAAGUAUUUGACCCCUCUGCAAAACAUGACUUAGUACGUGGUGGCAAAACCGUUGUUGGCAAUCACAGAGGUCAGACGUUUCUUGUAGUUGGCCACCAGGUUUGCACACAUCUCAGGAGGGAUUUUGUUCCACUCCUCUUUGCAGAUCUUCUCCAAGUCAUUAAGGUUUCGAGGCUGACGUUUGGCAACUCAAACCUUCAGCUCCCUCCACAGAUUUCUUAUUGGAUUAAGGUCUGGAGACUGGCUAGGCCACUCCAGGACCUUAAUGUGCUUCUUCUUGAGCAACUCCUUUGUUGCCUUGGCCAUGUGUUUUGGGUCAUUGUCAUGCUGGAAUACCCAUCCACGACCCAUUUUCAAUGCCCUGGCUGAGGGAAGGCGAUGGCCCCGUCCAUCGUCCCUUUGAUGCGGUGAAGUUGUCCUGUCCCCUUAGCAGAAAAACACCCCCAAAGCAUAAUGUUUCCACCUCCAUGUUUGACGGUGGGGAUGGUGUUCUUGGGGUCAUAGGCAGCAUUCCUCCUCCUCCAAACACGGCAAGUUGAGUUGAUGCCAAAGAGCUCGAUUUUGGUAUCAUCUGACCACAACACUUUCACUGAGUUCUCCUCUGAAUCAUUCAGAUGUUCAUUGGCAACUUCAGACGGGCCUGUAUAUGUGCUUUAUUGAGCAGGGGGACCUUGCGGGCGCUGCAGGAUUUCAGUCCUUCACGGCGUAGUGUGUUACCAAUUGUUUUCUUGGUGACUAUGGUCCCAGCUGCCUUGAGAUCAUUGACAAGAUCCUCCUGUGUAGUUCUGGGCUGAUUCCUUACCGUUCUCAUGAUCAUUGCAACUCCACGAGGUGAGAUCUUGCAUGGCGCCCCAUGCCGAUGGAGAUUGACAUGUCUUUUGUGUUUGUUCCAUUUGCGAAUAAUCGCACCAACUGUUGUCACCUUCUCACCAAGCUGCUUGGCGGUGGUCUUGUAGCCCAUUCCAGGUGUAGGUCUACAAUCUUGUCCCUGACAUCCUUGGAGCGCUCUUUGGUCUUGGCCAUGGUGGAGAGUUUGGAAUCUGAUUGAUCGAUUGCUUCUGUGGACAGGUGUCUUUUAUACAGAUAACAAACUGAGAUUUGGAGCACUCCCUUUAAAGAGUGUGCUCCUAAUCUCAGCUCGUUACCUGUAUAAAAGACACCUGGGAGCCAGAAAUCUUUCUGAUUGAGAGGGGGUCAAAUACUUAUUUCCCUCAUUAAAAUGCAAAUCAAUUUAUAACAUUUUUGACAUGCGUUUUUCUGGAUAUAUUUUGUUGUUAUUCUGUCUCUCACUGUUCAAAUAAACCUACCAUUAAAAUUAUAGACUGAUCAUGUCUUUGUCAGUGGGCAAACGUACAAAAUCAGCAGGGGAUCAAAUACUUUGUUCCCUCACUGUAAGGCCAUGUUUAUAUGGCCCCCUUUCAAACAGCCCCUUAUUUACCACUUAUUUGCAGGUAUAAACCUUAUAAAUACAGUGCAUUUGGAAAGUAUUCAGACCCCUUGACUUUCUCCACAUUUUGUUACGUUACAGCCUUAUUCUAAAAUGGAUUAAAUAAAUACAAAUCCUCAUCAAUCUACACACUACCCCAUAAUGUCAAAAUGAAAACAGGUUUUUAGACAUUUUUGCUAAUAAUAAAAUGUAAAAAAGAUACCUUAUUUACAUAGGUAUUCAGACCCAUUGCUAUGAGACUCGAAAUUUAGUUCAGGUGUAUCCUGUUUCCAUUGAUCAUCCUUGAGAUGUUUCUACAACUUGAAUAGAGUCCACCUGUGGUAAAUUAAAUUUAUUGGACAUGAUUUGGAAAGGCACACACCUGUCUAUAUAAGGUCCUACAGUUGAUAGUGCACGUCAGCGCAAAAACCAAGCCAUGAGGUCGAAGGAUUUGUCCGUAGAGCUCCGAGACAGGAUUGUGUCGAGGCACAGAUCUGGGGAAAGGUAGAAAAACAUUUCUGCAGCAUUGAAGGUCCCCAAAAACACAGUGGCCUCCAUCAUUCUUAAUUGGAAGAAGUUGGCUGCCCGGCAAAACUGAGCAAUUGGGGGAGAAGGGACUUUGUCAGGGAGAUGGCCAAGAACCCGAUGGUCACUCUGAAAGAGUUCCAGAGUUCCUGUGUGGAGAUGGGAGAACCUUCCAGAAGGACAACCAUCUUUGCAGCACUCCACCAAUCAGGCCUUUAUGGUAGAGUGGCCAGACGGAAGCCACUCCUCAGUAAAAGGCACAUGACAGCCAGCGUGGAGUUUGCCAAAAGGCACCUAAAGACUCUCAGACCAUGAUAAACAAGAUUCUCUGGUCUGAUGAAACCAAGAUUGAGCACUUUGGCCUGAAUGCCAAGUGUCACGUCUGGAGGAAACCUGGCACCAUCCCUACGGUGAAGCAUGGUGGUGGCAGCAUCAUGCUGUGGGGAUGUUUUUCAGCGGCAGGGAUUGGUAGAAUAGUCAGGAUCGAGGGAAAGAUGAACAGAGCAAAGUACAGAGAGAUCAUUGAUUGAAAACCUGCUCCAGAACGCUCAGGACCUCAGACUGGGGCGAAGGUUCACCUUCCAACAGGACAAGGACCCUAAGCACACAGCUAAGACAACGCAGGAGUGGCUUCGGGACAAGUCUCUGAAUCUCCUUGAGUGGCCCAGCCAGAGCCCGGACUUGAACCCGAUCUAACAUCUCUGGAAAGACCUGAAAAUAGCUGUGCAGCGACGCUCCCCAUCCAACCUGACAGAGUUUGAGAGGAUCUGCAGAGAAGAAUGGGAGAAACUCCUUAAAUACAGGUGUGCCAAGCUUGUAGCAUCAUACCCAAUAAGAUUUGAGGCUGUAAUCGCUGCCAAAGGUGCUUCAAUAAAGUACUGAGUAAAGGGUCUGAAUACUUAUGUAAAUUUAAUAUUUCAAUUUUUUAAUACAUUUGCCAAAAAAAAAAAAAAAACCAGUUUUUGCUUUGUCAUUAUGGGGAAUUGUGUGUAGAUUGAGGAAUGUUUAACAAAGAUCAAUUUUAGGAUAAGGCAGUGACUGAACAAAAUUUGGAAAAAGUCAAGUGAUCUGAAUACUUUCCGAAUGCACUGUACAUAUCAGGACGUAACUGGCAAAUUGGGAGGGUUGGGGGGGGUGUUGUUAAACCAUGGGGUCUGUUCGCAGUUCAAAUUAGGGAGGUGUUAAACAAUAGAAGUGUUAAUGAAUUUACCUGCAAAAAAGCAGUGAAUCAUUCACACAGACCUGGUACCUGUAUUUUGGUUACAGGGUCUGUGAAAAUGCAGGAAUAAUGAUGGCUUUUAUUUUUUCCAUAUUUUUACCCUCUACCCCUUUCAGAUAUACGAAAAAGCUAGUAUAAAAAUGCAGGCAUGGUAAAUUAGUGGGAUUUUGGUCUGUCUAUGAAAGGGAUACAAGAUUAACCUUGAGUCAUGAGUGGAAUUUGAAGGCCAGUAUGUGACUGUUAGUAUAGUACUGUGUGUUGUUUGAAGAGGGCACAGCCCUUGUGCCGGUGUCCGGGUGGUUACCAUGGUUCUCAUGGUAACAGCAAUGAGAUUGAUGUCAUUGGUUAGUUGUGCUUGCUUUGUAUGCUGAUGUCCAUUCAAAGCAGAUCAAAUCAUCCAGUCAGUUAUUUUUCAAUUACAUUGCCUGGCAGUUGUGUUUCCUGGUAGGAAAGAUUAGUACCAAUACAUUUUAAGUGACUGCAGACUAAAAUGGCAGUCUAAAACGGUAUUUAAUCAUUCUCUCAGUCGUUUAGGGUCAUCUCACAUUUUGCCAACGGAGACAAUAAGUAAUCAGAGAGUUCCAAGUUCAGAAGCCUCUGCUCUCAACUCCACCCCCCAAAAUCAAUGAAGUGAAACAGUCUUUUAACUAAACUCCACUGGAACAGUUUAGAUUUGGCCUAAAUACCUUUGGCAGAAACCUGAAGGUAUUACCAUAUGAUUAGGAUUUACAGUUCGUUAGAUAUUAGAGGAAGCACACAGGAAGUUGGGAGCUAGUAAUGGGAAGUUGCCUCCUUUUCUUGUAUACUUUUCUUCAUUUGCAUUGUUCUGACAACACAGAAUAGGUGAAAGCUAAUUGUUGCAAACUAACUGGAUAACUUGGUUUCAUAUACAGUGGGGAAAAAAAGUAUUUAGUCAGCCACCAAUUGUGCAAGUUCUCCCACUUAAAGAGAUGAGAGAGGCCUGUAAUUUUCAUCAUAGGUACACGUCAACUAUGACAGACAAAAUGAGGGAAAAAAAUCCAGAAAAUCACAUUGUAGGAUUUUUAAUGAAUUUAUUUGCAAAUUAUGGUGGAAAAUAAGUAUUUGGUCAAUAACUAAAGUUUCUAAAUACUUUGUUAUAUACCCAUUGUUGGCAAUGACACAGGUCAAACGUUUUCUGUAAGUCUUCACAAGGUUUUCACACACUGUUGUUGGUAUUUUGGCCCAUUCCUCCAUGCAGAUCUCCUCUAGAGCAGUGAUGUUUUGGGGCUGUCGCUGGGCAACACAGACUUUCAACUCCCUCCAAAGAUUUUCUAUGGGGUUGAGAUCUGGAGACUGGCUAGGCCACUCCAGGACCUUGAAAUGCUUCUUACGAAGCCACUUCCUUCGUUGCCCGGGCGGUGUGUUUGGGAUCAUUGUCAUGCUGAAAGACCCAGCCACGUUUCAUCUUCAAUGCCCUUGCUGAUGGAAGGAGGUUUUCACUCAAAAUCUCACGAUACAUGGCCCCAUUCAUUCUUUCCUUUACACGGAUCAGUCGUCCUGGUCCCUUUGCAGAAAAACAGCCCCAAAGCAUGAUGUUUCCACCCCCAUGCUUCACAGUAGGUAUGGUGUUCUUUGGAUGCAACUCAGCAUUCUUUGUCCUCCAAACACGACGAGUUGAGUUUUUACCAAAAAGUUCAAUUUUGGUUUCAUCUGACCAUAUGACAUUCUCCCAAUCCUCUUCUGGAUCAUCCAAAUGCACUCUAGCAAACUUCAGACGGGCCUGGACAUUUAUAUGAUGUACUGGCUUAAGCAGGGGGACACAUCUGGCACUGCAGGAUUUGAGUCCCUGGCGGCGUAGUGUGUUACUGAUGGUAGGCUUUGUUACUUUGGUCCCAGCUCUCUGCAGGUCAUUCUCUAGGUCCCCCCGUGUGGUUCUGGGAUUUUUGCUCACCGUUCUUGUGAUCAUUUUGAACCCACGGGGUGAGAUCUUGCGUGGAGCCCCAGAUCGAGGGAGAUUAUCAGUGGUCUUGUAUGUCUUCCAUUUCCUAAUAAUUGCUCCCACAGUUGAUUUCUUCAAACCAAGCUGCUUACCUAUUGCAGAUUCAGUCUUCCCAGCCUGGUGCAGGUCGACAAUUUUGUUUCUGGUGUCCUUUGACAGCUCUUUGGUCUUGGCCAUAGUGGAGUUUGGAGUGUGACUGUUUGAGGUUGUGGACAGGUGUCUUUUAUACUGAUAACAAGUUCAAACAGGUGCCAUUAAUACAGGUAACGAGUGGAGGACAGAGGAGCCUCUUAAAGAAGAAGUUACAGGUCUGUGAGAGCCAGAAAUCUUGCUUGUUUGUAGGUGACCAAAUACUUAUUUUCCACCAUAGUUUGCAAAUAAAUUCAUAAAAAAUCCUACAAUGUGAUUUUCUGGAUUUUUUUCUUCUCAAUUUGUCUGUCAUAGUUGACGUGUACCUAUGAUGAAAAUGACAGGCCUCUCUCAUCUUUUUAAGUGGGAUAACUUGCACAAUUGGUGGCUGACUAAAUACUUUUUCCCCCCCACUGUAUCCAUGCUUUUAAGAAUAGUGCAAAUGAAGCAGCGUAGAUAGCGUAAAUACAUGUUGUACUGUUGAGAGAUGCAUAGGCCUUACAUGUAUCUUCCGUCAAGGUUGGAGAUAAGGUUUAAUUGUUAUCAUGUGGUUAUAGCAUUUUGUCUUUCCCUCAUUUUGUAGAUCGAGAGUAACUCAUCAUUGUAACUGUGAUCAACUUUUAUCACUGUUUCAUCAUUCUCUUCCCCUCAGGGUUGAACGAGGACAUUAGUAAUGCAGUAAUACUGAUAAUGUUGUUAUAUUACUCUAUCUCUGCCCCUCAGAGUUGAAGGAUGGGGUUAGUAGUAUAGUAAUGCUGAUAAUGUUGUUAUAUUACUCCAUCUCUUCCCCUCAGGGUUGAAUGAUGGGGUUAGUAGUACAGUAAUGCUGAUAAUGUUGUUAUAUUACUCCAUCUCUUCCCCUCAGGGUUGAAGGAUGGGGUUAGUAGUACAGUAAUGCUGAUAAUGUUGUUAUAUUACUCCAUCUCUUCCCCUCAGGGUUGAAGGAUGGGGUUAGUAGUACAGUAAUGCUGAUAAUGUUGUUAUAUUACUCCAUCUCUUCCCUCAGGGUUGGAGGUGUAGUGUAAUACUGUAGUAAUAACCAUGCUGUUAUAUGACUAUCUCUUCCCCUCAUGGCUGAAGGUGAGAAUUUAUAGUUGUAAUAAUAGCAAUAAAGUUAUAUGACUGGAGAGUGCAUGAAGUUGUAAUAACAGCAUUAUGAUAUCUGUUUCCCUCAGGGUUGGAGGUGAGAAGGUGCUCCUGCUGUCUGCAGCGGCCUGGGGGGCGAUGACAGCCUUCACGCCUGUCCUGGCCCACUUCUGCUCUCAGCCUAUCUUCUCCAUGACGCUGGCCCGCUUCCUGAUGGGGCUGCUGCAAGGUCAGAGGUCACUGGGCACUGGGAGCUAAUGAACAGCUAGGCUGCAUCUCAAAUGACACCCUAUUAUUUCCUAUAUUGUGCUCUAAUUAAAACUAGAGCCACAUAGGGAAGGGACAAGCAACUGUGUGCCCAAACCGAGAGAAAUGGUUUCUGGUUAAGAGUCAAUGACUGGACAAUACCAGUGAAAUAAUUAGUCUCUGUCCAGUCCUGAACAAACAAAAAUGGUCUUAGCUUCAAAACUACAUAGCCUGCAGCUUUAGCUUUGAGAGUGGCCUCUGGGGUUGAAGUUUGACUUUAUUGCUUCCCCCUGAGGUAUAACUGUUCUUGUUUCCUACUACGUCGGCUCUGACCUCAUUGGAUGUGGCAGGGCUUGCAAACUAUCACAGAUUACAAAGGGAAACCGAGCUGCCCAGAAACGUGAGCCUACCAGAUGAGCUAAAUGCCUUCGACACUCGCUUCAAGGCAAGCAACACUGAGCCAUGCAUGAGAGCACCAGCUGUCUGGAUGACUGUGUGAUCUCGCUCUCCGUAGCCUAAGUGAAUAAGACCUUUAAACAGGUUAACAUUCGCAAGGCCGCAGGGCCGAACAGAAUAGCAGGAAGCGUACUCAGAGUAUGCUCUGACCAGCUGGCAAGUGUCUUCAUUGACAUUUUCAACCUAUCACUGGUAGUCUGCCUAAAUGACUAUCGCCCCUCUAUAUCCAUGAAAGGCUGGUCAUGACUCACAUCAACACCAUCAUCCCAGGCACCCUGGACCCACUCCUAUUCGCAUACCGCCCCAAUAGAUCCACAGAUGACGCAAUCUCUAUUGCACCCCGCUCUGCCCUCAUCUACCUAGACAAAAGGAAUACCCAUGUACACUACAUGGUCAAAAGUAUCCCCACAGAGAAACUCUGGAGCGCUGUCAGAGUGACCAUUGGGUUCUUGGUCACCUCCCUGACCAAGGCCCUUCUCCCCCGAUUGCUCAGUUUGGCCGGGCGGCCAGCUCUAGCAAGAGUCUUGGUAGUUCAAACUUCUUCCAUAUAAGAAUGAUGGAGACCACUGUGUUCUUGGGGACCUUCAAUACUGCAGACAUUUUUUGGUACCCUUCCCCAGAUCUGUGCCUCGACACAACCCUGUCUCGGAGUUCUAUGGACAAUUCCUUCGACCUCAUGGCUUGAUUUUUGGUCUGACAUGCGCUGUCAAUUGUGGGACCUUAUAUAGACAGGCGUGUGCCUUUCCAAAACAUGACCAAUCAAUUGAAUUUACCACAGGUGGACUCCAAUCAAGUUGUAAACAGAUCUCAAGGAUGAUCAAUGGAAACAGGAUGCACCUGAGCUCAAUUUCGAGUCUCAUAGCAAAGGGUUUCUGAAUACUUAUGCUAAUACAGGUAUUUCUGUUUUUAUUUGUUAUAAAUUUGCAACCUUUUCUAAAAACCUGUUUCGCUUUGUUAUUAUGGGGUGUUAUGUGUAGAUUGUUGAGAAAAAAAUAUAUAUUUAAUCCAUUUUAGAAUAAAAAUGUUGAAAAAUUCAAGAGGUCUGAAUAUUUUCAGAAGGCACUGUAUGUACAUAGUCACAGACCUGUAACUUCUUCUUUAAGAGGCUCCUCUGUCCUCCACUCGUUACCUGUAUUAAUGGCACCUGUUUGAACUUGUUAUCAGUAUAAAAUACACCUGUCCACAACCUCAAACAGUCACACUCCAAACUCCACUAUGGCCAAGACCAAAGAGCUGUCAAAGGACACCAGAAACAAAAUUGUAGACCUGCACCAGGCUGGGAAGACUGAAUCUGCAAUAGGUAAGCAGCUUGGUUUGAAGAAAUCAACUGUGGGAGCAAUUAUUAGGAAAUGGAAGACAUACAAGACCACUGAUAAUCUCCCUCGAUCUGGGGCUCCACGCAAGAUCUCACCCCGUGGGGUCAAAAUGAUCACAAGAACGGUGAGCAAAAAUCCCACAACCACACGGGGGGACCUAGUGAAUGACCUGCAGAGAGCUGGGACCAAAGUAACAAAGCCUACCAUCAGUAACACACUACGCCGCCAGGGACUCAAAUCCUGCAGUGCUAGACGUGUCCCCCUGCUUAAGCCAGUACAUGUCCAGGCCCGUCUGAAGUUUGCUAGAGUGCAUCCAGAAGAGGAUUGGGAGAAUGUCAUAUGGUCAGAUGAAACCAAAAUAUAACUUUUUGGUAAAAACUCAACUCGUCGUGUUUGGAGGACAAAGAAUGCUGAGUUGCAUCCAAAGAACACCAUACCUACUGUGAAGCAUGGGAGUGAAAACAUCAUGCUUUGGGGCUGUUUUUCUGCAAAGGGACCAGGACGACUGAUCCGUGUAAAGGAAAGAAUGAAUGGGGCCAUGUAUCGUGAGAUUUUGAGUGAAAACCUCCUUCCAUCAGCAAGGGCAUUGAAGAUGAAACGUGGCUGGGUCUUUCAGCAUGACAAUGAUCCCAAACACACCGCCCGGGCAACGAAGGAGUGGCUUCGUAAGAAGCAUUUCAAGGUCCUGGAGUCUCCAGAUCUCAACCCCAUAGAAAAUCUUUGGAGGGAGUUGAAAGUCCGUGUUGCCCAGCGACAGCCAACCUCAAUUACCUCGUACCCCUGCAUAUUGACUCGGUACUGGUACUCCCUGUAUAUAGCCAUGUUAUUUUUUGCAUAUUUUUUUCUCGUGUCUAAAUCUUUAACUCUGCACUGUUGAAAAAGGACCCGUAAGUAAACAUUUACAAAUAAAAUUUGAUUUUGAUUUGAGGCACCUCUGUCAGGGCAUGAAUCAUUAGUUUGUUGACUCCUCUGUAAACUGCAGGCGACAAUGCUUUCGUAUUUGAGACAAUGGUGUUUUGUUUUUGCCAUUUCCCACUUUCUGUGUCAUUUACGUUUAUCACAUUGCCUAAAGAAGACAGAAUAAAGAAAGUUCCUUCCAAAUAUGUAUUAAAUGAAUGAACCAAUGUGUGUGACUUUCUUCACUCACUAUAUAGUCUAACAGAGCUGUGUGUAUCUGUUUCUCCAGGUGUGCACUACCCGUCUCUGGCCAGCCUGUGUUCUCAGAAGGUGGUGGAGAGUGAGAGAGGAUUCCUCAUGAGCACUGUGGGCAGUGGCUCCUAUCUGGGGUGAGUCUGGCUCUGCAACACAUCCUGUUUAGAAUCUGAUCUAGGGUUGCAAAUAUUACUUGAAACUAUCAGAAUGUUCGUAACUUUGAGGAAUGUUUAUGUCAUUUAUCACAAGACAUCUAGAGGCCCUUCUAAAAUAUAAUACAAUUGUAUUUGUCACAUGCACCGAAUACAACAGGUGUAGACCUUAACGAGAAAUGCUUACUUACAAGCCCUUAACCAACAAUGCAAAGAAAAUAGAGUUAAGAAAAUAUUUAGUAAAUAAGCUAAAGUAUUUUUAUUUAUUUAAAGUAACACAAUAAAAUAACAAUAAUGAGGCUAUAUACAGGGGGUACCGGUACCGAGUCAAUGUGCAGGGGUACAGGUUAGUCGAGGUAAUUUCUACAUGUAGGUAGGGGUAAAGUGACUAUGCAUAGAUAAUAAACAGCGAGUUUCAGCAGUGUAAAAACAAAUAAUAAUAAUUUGAAUGACAAAGCUGUAAAACGUUAUCCUAAAUAUAAGAUCUUUAAUGUUAGACACAGGUGAGGAGCACUUUGGUUUUUACUUAAUCCAUGAAGUGCUCUUUGAUCAUCGGAUGAAAUUCUAUAGAACAAAAAGAAGUUGAUGCUAUAUAGUAAACAAUGCCCGAAAAGCCUUGUGAAAACAAACUUCCAGAAGUAAUCAAGGCACUCUCAUGUAGUGGAAAAAUUAAGAAGCCUUUAUUGUUUUAUGGCUUAUGCAUGGCAAGAAUAAAAAAACACUGAUGCGUUGCGGCUACAGCAGCCUUCAUCAAGGGUGACAAAGAAUAGUGGUAGACAACGGGUGUAUAUCCCAACUCUCACAGGAAGUGGCUAAAUUCAUUACCACAUGGAAUUGAUCAAAGUAAAAAAAUUAACACAUUCAAGAUACAAAGAUGGCAUAAUGAGAAUGCAACACCACAAAAUAUAUGCAAUAUCAUAAAAGCAAAAUACAAACUGUGUGCUCAUGUUACCAAACUUAAGUAAAUAAACCACAUACAGUGGGGAAAAAAAGUAUUUAGUCAGCCACCAAUUGUGCAAGUUCUCCCACUUAAAAAGAUGACAGAGGCCUGUAAUUGUCAUCAUAGGUACACGUCAACUAUGACAGACAAAAUUAGAAAAAAAAAUCCAGAAAAUCAAUUUUUAAUGAAUUUAUUUGCAAAUUAUGGUGGAAAAUAAGUAUUUGGUCAAUAACAAAAGUUUCUCAAUACUUUGUUAUAUACCCUUUGUUGGCAAUGAGACAGGUCAAACGUUUUCUGUAAGUCUUCACAAGGUUUUCACACACUGUUGCUGGUACUUUGGCCCAUUCCUCCAUGCAGAUCUCCUCUAGAGCAGUGAUGUUUUGGGGCUGUCACUGGGCAACACGACUUUCAACUCCCUCCAAAGAUUUUCUAUGGGGUUGAGAUCUAGAGACUGGCUAGGCCACUCCAGGACCUUGAAAUGCUUCUCACGAAGCCACUCCUUCGUUGCCCGGGCGGUGUGUUUGGGAUCAUUGUCAUGCUGAAAGACCCAGCCACGUUUCAUCUUCAAUGCCCUUGCUGAUGGAAGGAGGUUUUCACUCAAAAUCUCACGAUACAUGGCCCCAUUCAUUCUUUCCUUUACACGGAUCAGUCGUCCUGGUCCCUUUGCAGAAAAACAGCCCCAAAGCAUGAUGUUUCCACCCCCAUGCUUCACAGUAGGUAUGGUGUUCUUUGGAUGUAACUCAGAAUUAUUUGUCCUCCAAACACGACAAGUUGAGUUUUUACCAAACAUUUAUAUUUUGGUUUCAUCUGACCAUAUGACAUUCUCCCAAUCCUCUUCUGGAUCAUCCAAAUGCACUCUAGCAAACUUCAGACGGGCCUGGACAUGUACUGGCUUAAGCAGGGGGACACGUUUUGCACUGCAGGAUUUGAGUCCCUGGUGGCGUAGUGUGUUACUGAUGGUAGGCUUUGUUACUUUGGUCCCAGCUCUCUGCAGGUCAUUCACUAGGUCCCCCCGUGUGGUUCUGGGAUGUGAUCAUUUUGACCCCACGGGGUGAGAUCUUGCGUGGAACCCCAGAUCGAGGGAGAUUAUCAGUGGUCUUGUAUGUCUUCCAGUUCCUAAUAAUUGCUCCCACAGUUGAUUUCUUCAAACCAAGCUGCUUACCUAUUGCAGAUUCAGUAUUCCCAGCCUGGUGCAGGUCUACAAUUUUGUUUCUGGUGUCCUUUGACAGCUCUUUGGUCUUGGCCAUAGUGGAGUUUAGAGUGUGACUGUUUGAGGUUGUGGACAGGUGUCUUUUAUACUGAUAACAAGUUCAAACAGGUGCCAUUAAUACAGGUAACGAGUGGAGGACAGAGGAGCCUCUUAAAGAAGAAGUUACAGGUCUGUGAGAGCCAGAAAUCUUGCUUGUUUGUAGGUGACCAAAUACUUAUUUUCCACCAUAAUUUGCAAAUAAAUUCAUUAAAAAUCCUACAAUGUGAUUUUCUGGAUUUUUUUUCCUCAAUUUGUCUGUCAUAGUUGACGUGUACCUAUGAUGAAAAUUACAGGCCUCUCUCAUCUUUUUAAGUGGGAGAACUUGCACAAUUGGUGGCUGACUAAAUACUUUUUUCCCCCACUGUAUCUCUUACAGGAAGGGAGAUUAAUUAAUUUCCUAAUUUAGACCUGGCAAUACAGUGGCCCUUAGUUUAUAGCUCCAGAAGGUUCCGCGUUGUAGGAGGCUUUUGAGACGAUCGCCCCACCUGCGAGAACUGGGAACCACUUAAAUGGCCAUGGCUUUCAGAGAGUUUGGGCUGCCAUGGCCAACCUGUCUGUAAUUUUUCCACUACAUGAGAGUGCCUUGAUUACUUCUGGAAGUUUGUUUGCACAAAGGCUUUUAGGGCAUUGUUUACUAUCCAGCAUCAACUUAUUUUUGUUCUGUAAUAUGUUUAAUAUGAGGGUUUCAGCAUGAAAUAUCGAUCUUUUUUUUACACACUUUUAUUUAUUUUACUACAGUACCAGUCAAAAGUUUGGACACACCUACUCAUUCAAGGGUUUUUCUUAAUUUGUACUAUUUUCUACAUUGUAAAAUAAUAGUGAAGACACUAAAACUAUGAAAUGACACAUAUGGAAUCAUGUAGUAACCAAAAAAGUUGAUGACAGCUUUGCACACUCGUGGCAUUCUCUCAACCAGCUUCACCUGGAAUGCUUUUCCAAUAGUCUUGAAGGAGUUCCCACAUAUGCUGAGCACUUGUUGGCUGCUUUUCCUUCACUCUGCGGUCCAACUCAUCCCAAACCAUCUCUAUUGGGUUGAGGUCGGGUGAUUGUGGAGACCAGGUCAUCUUAUGCAGCACUCCGUCACUCUCCUUCUUGGUCAAAUAGCCCUUACACAGCCUGGAGGUGUGUUAGGUCAUUGUCCUGUUGAAAAACAAAUCAUAGUCCCACUAAGCGCAAACCAGAUGAGAUGGUGUAUCGCUGCAUAAUGCUGUGGUAGCCAUGCUGGUUUAGUGUGCCUUGAAUAUUAAAUAAAUCACUGACAGUGUCACCAGCAAAGCACUCCCACACCAUCACACCUCCCCCUUCAUGCUUCAUGGUGGGAACCACACAUGCAGAGAUCACCUACUCUGUGUCUCACAAAGACACGGCGGUUGGAACCAAAAAUCUCAAAUGUGGACUCAUCAGACCAAAGGACAGAUUUCCACUGGUCUAAUGUCCAUUCCUCGUGUUUCUUGGCCCAAGCAAGUCUCUUCUUCUUAUUGGUGUCCUUUAGUAGUGGUUUCUUUGAAGCAAUUCAACCAUUAAGGCCUGAUUCAUGCAGUCUCCUCUGAACAGUUCAUGUUGAGAUGUGUCUGUUACUUGAACUCUGUGAAGCAUUUAUUUGGGCUGCAAUUUCUGAAGGCUGGUAACUCUAAUGAACUUAUAAUAAUAAUAAUAUGCCAUUUAGCAGACGCUUUUAUCCAAAGCGACUUACAGUCAUGUGUGCAUACAUUUUUACGUAUGGGUGGUCCCGGGGAUCGAACCCACUACCCUGGCGUUACAAGCACCAUGCUCUACCAUUUGAGCUACAGAGGACCACAACUUAUCCUCUGCAGCAGAGGUAACUCUGGGUCUUCCUUUCCUGUGGUGGUCCUCAUGAGAGCCAGUUUCAUCAUAGCGGUUGAUGGUUUUUGCGACUGCACUUGAAGAAACUUUCCCCAAAAUUUUUUUUUUCCAGAUUGACUGACCUUCAUGUCUUAAAGUAAUGAUGGACUGUUGAUUCUCUUUGCUUAUUUUAGCUGUUCUAAUCAUAAUAUGGACUUGGUCUUUUACCAAAUAGGGCUAUCUUCUGUAUACCACCCCUACCUUGUCACAACACAAUAAGAAGGAAAGAAAUUCCACAAAUUAACUUUUAACAAGGCAUACCUGUUAAUUGAAAUGCAUUCCAGGUGACUACCUCAUGAAGCUGGUUGAGAGAAUACCAAGAGUGUGCAAAGCUGUCAAGGCAAAGGGUGGCUACUUUGAAGAAUCUCAAAUAUAUUUUGAUUUGUUUACCACUUUAUUUUGGUUACUACAUGAUUCCAUAUGUGUUAUUUCAUAGUUUUGAUGUCUUCACUAUUAUUGUACAAUGUAGAAAAUUGUAAAAAUAAAGAAAACCCCUUGAAUGAGUAGGUGUGUCCAAACUUUUCACUGGUACUGUAUGUCAAUAUGUGUUUGUUGUAAAUGUUUUGCCACCAAACUGGUGGCAGUUGUGAAAAAAGUCAGUAGUUGGAAGAGUUAAUAAAAAAUAAUGCCAUUGUUGAUUAGAUGCUUUUUUCAUUAAUUAGGCAAUUUUCUCUUGAACCAUGUGGUCUAUCCACAAGAAACUCAUGGACAAUAUGGACACAGAUAUAAAAAAUGAAUACUGUAUAUGAAUUCAUUUUUAUAAAUUACCAAAGUUACCAUAGAUUUGAAAAUGUAUACACUCACUAACUAUAAGUCGCUCUGGAUAAGAGCAUCUACAAAAUGACUAAAAUGUAAAUGUAAAUUGCCAUAGAAGAUUCCCGUAACUUUGGUAAAUUACCAGUAGCUUUGCAACCCUACUCUUAUCUAAGCUCAGUUUUUUGUUUCCCCCACUGGUGGUUAAGGGUAGGAUUGAGGGAAGGUAAACUGAUCCUAGAUCUGCGCCUGAGUUUUUCCUGAGUGUUUUAAGUGCUGCUGUUGUUGAUGAGGUCAUCUGUUAUGGAAGCCAGGGUUAGACGUUUGUCAUUGGAGUUGCGGAGGGAUGUCAUUUUGGGAUGGCCGUAAACCGCUCAUCAGGGAGCCACAGACGUUUCUCUCUGUCUCCAGUCAGGAGUUCUCCACAGAUGGUCUUGUUUUGCCAUUGCAGUAAAAAACUAUAAAUAUACAAUAAGGUCCGCAGCUAAAGCUACCCUUUGUGUGUGUGACCAGUGCUGUUGUCUCCUGCAGGACACUGGUGAUUGGGGGGGCUGGUUCCCUCAUGUUGGACCUGUAUGGUUGGGAGAGUGUGUUCUAUGUGUCUGGCCUGCUCUCUGUCCUCUGGGCAUACUGCAUGUGGAAAUACCUGCUCAAAGGGGAAGGUAAGGAGUGUGUAUGUGUUCUGGGUGUUUGUUUAUGUAUCUAUGUGAAUUGAGCAUAUGCAUAUCUAACUGAAAGUAAACAAAUGUUUUAUUUCACAGCUAGACUAUUUUGGGCAAGUGGUGAUAUUUGAUUUAUUUGCUUCAUUGUUGUUUUUCAAGCCAUCUGUUCCUAUUGUUGUUAUGAACUUCCUCUAAGCUCCACAUUGAGCUCAGACUUUCCUCUUUCUCUGUGUGUGUUCCAGGACCUAUCAUCACAUUGGAGUCGCUGGGUAGUGGAGGGCCCCAGUCCAAACUGUCCAGGAGACACUGGCUACGCCUCUUCAAACAACCUGCUGUCUGGUGAGAUAAGGCCCAAACACAAUGGGAGAUCUCUGUGAAGUGUGUGUCUUUGUGUCCCAGGCCCUGUGUGUGUGUGUGUAAUGUGUAUGUGUGUGUCUACACUACAGGUACAUGUGUUUCUGUCCUACUUUGUGAGUCUCAGCCUGUGCGUAUGUGUCCGUGUGUGUUUCUGACUGUGUGUGAAGGUAAAUGGACAGUCCUUGCCUGUACCUAACUGACUGAGAUAGGUCUACUCCAUUGAUUCAGUCUCUCUCCUCUCUGAUCAGCUCACUUCCCUGUAGAUGUUCCCGUCUCAGAUAUAGGCUUCAUUCAUAUCCUCUGUGCCUGUCUCUAUUGGCUUUUAUUUAUAGAACCCCAUAGCGGUCUGUGCAACUGAUCUUCCCUGUUUACAAUGACAGGAAUUAUGUCUUGUAUGGUUGGUUGGUUUUAUUUAUUGUAAUGGCUAAACCACACCUUGAUAGGCAAACUAACCACUGAACAGAAAAGCAUAUGUCACUGACUGUGUGUGGGUGGGGGUUGGUGUGAGCAUGGAUUUGCAGCACGGACUGACACUGUUAAGUUCUUGAGUGAGCAAAACUCAGUGGCGAGAAAGCCAUUUAAACAGUCUGAUUAAAUGUACAAUAAAUAUACUGAUAUUGCUUGUUUUUAUGUUGAGCAGGCACAUUAAUAUAACUGUAGUGGUGUAAAAGUAGGAACCGCUGUGGAAUAUUUUGUGAGCUUUAAAAUGAUGAAGCCUAUGAGUCAUAGAAGUGGUACGCUAACUUAUGUAUAUGUGUUUGUUCUCUCUCUCUCUCUCUCUCUCUCUCUCUCUCUCUCUCUCUCUCUCUCUCUCUCUCUCUCUCUCUCUCUCCAUUAUCCUCCCUUCCCUUCAGUGCUGUGAUUAUUACGCACCUUUGCACUGCAAGCACCUUCUUCACAUUGUUGUCAUGGCUACCAACUUACUUCAAGGACACCUUCCCUGACGCCAAGGUAACUUGCCCCCUCCCCCUCUCCCAACCCAUCCCUUCAGAAGACAAAACAAAACUUAAAUAUACCACAUUGGAGUUCAAGGCUGGAAUGACAAAGACAACAGACACACUUGAAAGUGUACAUACAAAAUGGCUCAAAGCUAGUCAGACCCCCUGCAUCUGACAGACCUGUGUAAUACCACUGAGUAAACCAAGAGAGGGCGCCGUAGACAUGGUGCAGACAUAAAUCUCUGCUAGCUAAGGAACUCGGAUGUUCCCCAAACGUAGAUGUUCGCCAAGUUGGAUCACUAUCUCUUAACAAACAUGUAUAGCGUAUUGAUGUCAUACAUGUCUGAGCUCAUAUCAAUGUUCUUGGUGUUAAAUGUUAUGGUGUUCUCCCCGCAGGGUUGGGUGUUUAACGUUAUCCCAUGGUUUGUUGCCAUCCCCUCGUCACUCUUCAGUGGCUGUCUCUCUGACCACCUUAUCAGCCAAGGUAAUGCCAGAGAUAAACUAUUUGUCAUCAAGAAACAAAUUAUGUGAAUGUUUUACUUAUGUUUUACUGAUUGUAAUCAAUCGAAGUUGGUACCCUUAUACGAUUGUCAGAGUUUUUAACUAUUGCUCUGUGCCACGUCUCUCUCUCUCUCUCUCUCUCUCUCUCUCUCUCUCUCUCUCUCUCUCUCUCUCUCUCUCUCUCUCUCUCUCUCUCUCUCUGUGUCUCUCUCUCGCUCUGUGUCUCUCUCUCUCUGUGUCUCUCUCUCUCUCUCUCUCUGUGUCUCUUUCUCUCUCUCUCUCUCUCUCUCUCUCUGUCUCUCUCUGUGUCUCUCUCUUUCUGUGUCUCUCUCUCUCUGUGUCUCUCUCUCUCUCUCUGUGUCUCUUUCUCUCUGUGUCUCUCUCUCUGUCUCUCUCUCUCUCUCUCUCUCUCUGUCUCUUUCUCUCUCUGUGUCUCUUUCUCUCUCUGUGUCUCUCUCUUUCUGUGUCUCUCUCUCUCUGCUGUCUCUCUCUCUCUGUGUCUCUCUCUCUCUGUGUCUCUUUCUCUCUCUCUGUCUCUGUCUCUCUCUCUCUCUCUCUGUGUCUCUCUCUUUCUGUGUGUGUCUCUCUCUCUCUCUCUAUGUGUCUCUUUUUCUCUGUGUGUCUCUCUCUUUCUGUCUCUCUCUCUCUCUCUCUCUCUCUCUCUCUCUCUCUCUCUUUCUGUGUGUCUCUCUCUGUGUGUCUCUCUCUCUCUCUCUCUCUCUCUCUCUCUCUCUCUUUCUGUGUCUCUCUCUCUCUCUGUGUGUCUCUCUCUCUCUCUGUGUCUCUCUCUUUGUGUGUGUCUCUCUCUCUGUGUCUCUCUGUGUCUGUCACUCUCUAUCUCUCUCUUUCUCUCUCUGUCUCUCUAGGGUUUGACACUGCUACUGUGAGGAAGCUUAUGCAGGUAUUGUAGCUUGUUUCCGAUUCAUUGCCCAAAUUGGCAUUGCUAGUUAACUUUAGAUUUGCCUUUCCUCUCCUUGUAUCCUGGUCAGUUCUUCUCCAUGGGUGUUUCCAGUGUGUUUACCCUCCUGCUGUGUGGCACAACCACCUUCCCCACAGCUGUGGCCUUUGUCUCUGUCACCAUGGGCCUCACCACCUUCAGCCACAGGUACUGAUGCUCGUCCACAAAUCUACUCCUAGCUCCUAGGCCUAGUGUCUAUCCUCUGGGGCCUGACCAUAUUCAGCCACAUGUACUAACCCUUAAGGGCUGCAGUGUUUGAUCCUGGAAGUGUACAAGGAUGUAAAUGAUAAAUGCAAGAUGUAGAUAAUAACCGACAGUGGAAUGGAUCAUAUAAACAUAAUCACCCCCUCACAAGCGCUGCGCUUUAACAGUCACUAUGUAGUUCCAUUUAUGUUUUUAUGACUCUGAUCUUUCAUUUUAUAGGUUUUAAUAUGAAGCAGUUCAGGUGACAAAGAUAGGGAGUCUGUAUAACACCUUAUUUACUGAGGCAGAAAGUAACGUGUCUUGUUGUGUCUGUAAUCCAGCGGUGUGUCUGUGAAUGUUCAGGACCUGGCUCCGUCAUGUGCUGGGGCUUUGUUUGGUAUGUUACACCAGUGGCUACUUUAUCAAUCUCUCAGCAGAUUUGACUUUUGAUUGAGUAUUCCUUCUGAUGAAUAUUACAGUCCUGUCAAAUAUUACAAAUGAAUCAUGUAUCUAUUUUUCAUUGCAGGUGUUAUGAAUACCUGUGGAGCAUUCUCAGGUAAGCAUGUUCAUUGAGUGACAAUAAACUAAAGUGGAAGCAUCUGUGAUGAAUCUUUCACCAGCAGUUCCAGGAUCAGUUGUUUUGUCCUUUCAUGAAUUGAUGAUGAAUAAUGAAUCUGAUUGUUCUAAAGGCAGGACUUUGGGUUGUGUCUCAUGUCAGUCACAUUGGCUCCAAUGCUCCAUGCAUAUUUCAUACUGGAAUGAUAAUAGAGUUUGUGUCAGAUGAAUAAUUUAGGAAAUAGAAGAUGACAGUUAGGGCGCCGUAGAGGGGAAUGGGCAUUUGAAUCCAUUUACUUAUACCGCACACAACUGGGAAUGGGAUGAUUAACUGUCAUUUGGGCAAAAGUAGUUUGUGCCUGUGGUUUAAUGUGCUAAGUUGAUAUGCCGUAGCCUGAAACUGCUCAGUUUGUGCGUGCAUGUAUUGUGUUUCCUAAUGCUGUAUUCCUCUGCGUAUCUGAUGGUGUGUGUGUGUUUCUCCAGGUGUGCUGAUGGUGUAUUUCUCGGGGUAUCUGAUUGAGGCCACAGGGUCAUGGGCAUCUGUCUUCGCCCUUAUCACUGUGGUGAACCUGGUGGGACUGGUCACCUUCCUGGCCUUCGCUGAGGCUCGCCGGGUCGACAUCGACUCUUCCAAGGGUCGCUACCACAACAUCCACAUCUGAGUCCCAACGUUGAGAUGAGGGACCAGGGCUUGCUACCACAACAACCACCUAUUUAACAGAGGGGCCAAAACGGGACAAGGACCCACACUAUCCACAUCUGAGUCCCUAAAACAGGACCAGAAACCAUGCCCAUGUACCACAGAAUGCACACUGGAGACUUAAAUAUAGAAAGAGAACAGGGAGAGUCUUGGUCUGUUAAAGGUAUCAAAACAUCCACAUCAGAAUUUGAGGAAGUGACAACAGAAGUGAAAGUCAACCCUAGAUGUUUGUCAGAUCGUAGUCAGUGUUCCCCUAUAUUAAUUUAAUACAUUCUUAAUUGUUUCUCUCUCUCUCUCUCGAUUAUAUAUACAGUUGAAGUCGGAAGUUUACAUACACUUAGGUAGGAGUCAUUCAAACUCGUUUUUUCAACCACUCCACAAAUUGCUUGUUAACAAACUAUAGUUUUGGCAAGUCGGUUAGGACAUCUACUUUGUGCAUGACACAAGUCAUUUUUCCAAACAUUUUUACAGACAGAUUAUUUCACUUAUAAUUCACUGUAUCACAAUUCCAGUGGGUUAGAAGUUUACAUACACUAAGUUGACUGUGCCUUUAAACAGCUUGGAAAAUUCCAGAAAAUGAUGCCAUGGCUUUAGAAGCUUCUGAUAGGCUAAUUGACAUAAUUUGAGUCCAUUGGAGGUGUACCUGUGGAUGUAUUUCAAGGCCUACCUUCAAACUCAGUGCCUCUUUGCUUGACAUCAUGUGAAAAUCAAAAGAAAUCAGCCAAGACCUCAGAAAAAAACAUUGUAGACCUCCACAAGUCUGGUUAAUCCUUGGGAGCAAUUUCCAAACGCCUGAAGGUACCACGUUCAUCUGUACAAACAAUAGUACGCAAGUAUAAACACCAUGGGACCACACAGUUGUCAUAAAGCUCAGGACGGAGAUGCGUUCUGUCUCCUAGAGAUGAACCUACUUCGGUGCGAAAAGUGAAAAUCAAUCCCAGAACAACAGCAAAGGACUUUGUGAAGAUGCUGGAGGAAACAGGUACAAAAGUAUCUAUAUCCACAGUAAAACGAGUCCUAUAUCAACAUAACCUGAAAGGCCACUCAGCAAGGAAGAAGCCACUGCUCCAAAACCGCCAUAACAAAGCCAGACUACGGUUUGCAACUGCACAUGGGGACAAAGAUUGUACUGUUUGGAGAAAUGUCCUUUGGUCUGAUGAAACAAAAAUAGAACUGUUUGGCCAUAAUGACCAUCGUUAUGUUUGGAGGAAAAAGGGGGAUGCUUGCAAGCCGAAGAACACCAUCCCAACCGUGAAGCACGGGGGUGGCAGCAUCAUGCUGUGGGGGUGUUUUGCUGCCGGAGGGACUGGUGCACUUCACAAAAUAGAUGGCAUCAUGAGGAAGGAAAAUUAUGUGGAUAUAUUGAAGCAAGAUCUCAAGACAUCAGUCAGGAAGUUAAAGCUUGGUCGCAAAUUGGUCUUCCAAAUGGACAAUGACCCCAAGCAUACUUCCAAAGUUGUGGCAAAAUGGCUUAAGGACAACAAAGUCAAGGUAUUGUAGUGGACAUCACAAAGCCCUGACCUCAAUCCUAUAGAAAAUGUGUAGGCAGAACUGAAAAAGCAUGUGCGAGCAAGGAGGCCUAAAAAACCUGACUCAGUUACAUCAGCUCUACAUUUAAAUUUUAGUAAUUUAGCAGACGCUCUUAUCCAGAGCGACUUACAGUUAGUGAGUGCUUACAUUUUUCAUACUGGCCCCCCAUGGGAAUCGAACCCACAACCCUGGCGUUGCAAGCGCCAUGCUCUUCCAACUGAGCUACAGGAGGCCCUGUCAGGAGGAGUGGGCCAAAAUUCACCCAACUCAUUGUGGGAAGCUUGUGGAAGGCUACUCGAAACGUUUGACCCAAGUUAAACAAUUUAAAGGCAAUGCUACCAAAUACUAAUUGAGUGUAUGUAAACUUCUGACCCACUGGGAAUAUGAUGAAAGAAAUAAAAGCUGAAAUAAAUCAUUCUCUCUACUAUUAUUCAGACAUUUCACAUUCUUAAAAUAAAGUGAUGAUCCUAACUGACCUAAGACAGGGAAUUUUUACUAGGAUUAAAUGUCAGGAAUUGUGAAAAACUGAGUUGAAAUGUAUUUGGCUAAGGUGUAUGUAAACUUCCGACUUCAACUGUAUAUAGUACCAGUCAAAAGUUUGGACACACAUACUCAUUCCAGGGUUUUUCUUUAUUUUUACUAUUUUCUACAUUGUAGAAUAAUAGUUAAGACAUCAAAACUAUGAAAUAACACAUAUGGAAUCCUGUAGUAACCAACUUUGAAAGUUUAUUAAUGUGCAGUUGCAAAAACCAUCAAGCGCUAUGAUGAAACUGGCACUCAUGAGGACCGCCACAGGAAAGGAAGAUCCAGAGUUACCUCUGCUGCAGAAGAUAAGUUCAUUAGAGUUACCAGACUCUUGGGCCAAGAAACACAAGCAAUGGACAUUAGUCCGGGGGAAAUCCAAAUUUGAGAGUUUUUGGUUCCAACCGCCGUGUCUUUGUGAGACACAGAGUAGGUGAACGGAUGAUCUCUGCAUGUGUGGUUCCUACCGUGAAGCAUGGAGGAGGUUGUGUGGGGGUGCUUUGCUGGUGACGCUGUCAGUGAUUUAUUUAGAAUUCAAGGCACACUUAACCAGAAUGGCUACCACAGCAUUCUGCAGCGAUACGCCAUCCCAUCUGGUUUGCGUUAGUGGGACUAUGUUUUUCAACAGGACAAUGACCCAACACACCUCCAGGCUGUGUAAGAGCUAUUUGAUCAAGAAGGAGAGUGACGGAGUGCUGCAUCCGAUGACCUGGCCUCCACAAUCACCCGACCUCAACCCAAUUGAGAUGGUUUGGGAUGAGUUGGACCGCAGAGUGAAGGAAAAGCAGCCAACAAGGGCUCAGCAUAUGUGGGAACUCCUUCAAGACUGUUGGAAAAGCAUUCCUCAUGAAGCUGAUUCAGGCAAAGGGUGGCUAUUUGAAGAAUCUCAAAUAUAAAAUACAUUUUGAUUUGUUUAACACUUUUUUGGUUACUACGUGAUUCCAUAUGUGUUAUUUCAUAGUUUUGAUGUCUUCACUAUUAUUCUACAAUAUAGAAAAUAGUAAAAAAUUAAGAAAAACCCUUGAAUGAGUAGAUGUGUCCAAACUUUUGACUGGUACUGUAUGUAUAAAUUAACACACCCUUUGCUGACAGGUGUAUAAAAUCAAGCACACAGACAUGCAAUCUCUAUAGACAAUCAUUGGCAAUAGAAUGGCCUUACUGAAGAGCUCAGUGACUUUCAUAUUGGCACCGUCAUAGGAUGCCACCUUUCCAACAAGUCAGUUUGUUAAAUUUCUGCCCUGCUAGAGCUGCCCCAGUGAACUGUAAGUGCUGUUAUUGUGAAGUGGAAACAUCCAAGAGCAACAAUGGCCAUGAAAUGGUACGCCACACAAGCUCACAGAACGGGACCGCCGAGUGCUGGAGCACGUAAAAAUCGUCUGUCCUCGGUUAAAAUACUCACUACCGAGUUCCAAACUCCAAACUGCCUCUUGGAGCAACGUCAGCACAAGAACUGUUGUGAGCUUCAUGAAAUGGGUUUCCAUGGCAGAGCAGCCUGCAAACAAGCCUAAGAUCAUCAUGCGCAGUGCCAGGUGUCUGCUGGAGUGGUGUAAAGCUUGCUGCCAUUGGACUCUGGAGCAGUGGAAAUGCGUUCUCUGGAGUGAUGAAUCACACUUCACAAUCUGGCAGUCUGACCGACGAAUCUGGGUUUGGCAGAUGCCAGGAGAAUGCUACCUGCCCCAAUGCAUAGUGCCAACUGUAAAGUUUGGAGGAGGAAUAAUGGUCUGGGGCUGUUUUUCAUGGUUCGGGCUAGGCCCCUUAGUUCUAAUGAAGGGAAAGCUUAACGUUACAGCAUACAAUGACAUUCUACACGAUUCUGUGCUUCCAACUUUGUGGCAACAAUUUGGGGAAGGCCCUUUCCUGUUUCAGCAUGACAAUGGCCCCGUGCACAAAGCGAGGUCCAUACAGAAAAGGUUUGUUGAGAUUGGUGUGGAAGAACUUGACUGGCCUGCACAGAGCGCUGACCUCAACCCUAUUGAACACCUUUGGGAUGAAUUGGAAUGCGAGUCAGGCCUAAUCGCCCAACAUCAGUGCCCAACCUCACUAAUGCUCCGCAGCAAUGUUCCAACAUCUACAUUUUAGUCAUUUAGCAGACGCUCUUAUCCAGAGCGACUUACAUGAGCAAUUAGGGUUAAGUGCCUUGCUCAAGGGCACAUCGACAGAUUUUUCACCUAGUCGGCUCGGGGGUUAGAACCAGUGACUUUUCGGUUACUGGCACAACGCUCUUAACCACUAAGCUACCUGCUGCCAUCUAGUGGAAAGCCUUCCCAGAAGAAUGGAGGCUGUUAUAGCAGCAAAGGGGGGACCAACUCCAUAUUAAUGCCCAUGAUUUUGGAAUAAGAUGUUCGACGAGCAUUUGUCCACAUACUUUUGGUCAUAUAGUGUGUAUAUAUAUAUCUGCCGAGACGUGCUUUUAAAGGGAUAGUCGUUGGCUCAAUGACUAAGUCUAUGGGAACAGCUAGCAUGUCAUUGCGCUAACGCUAGUAGCAAUGCACCAAUCCUCCCCUCCCACCCGCUACCCUUGCCACCACAGCUGAAAAAAAUCAUAGGGGAAUCACUGAUAGUGCUAUAAUAUUUGAGUUUAAAGAACCAUUCCUGUCAUAUUUUUGAUUGUUCAAUCUUCAGCCAUGGUUGAGCCUGUUGGGCUGGGACUGUGGUUAGCAGUUCAUAGGUUCAGUAUGACCUUAGUGUCCUGGUUCCACACCCAGGUCUGUGUCUGGGUUUAUGUUGGAGGAAUAUGAGAAGAAUGACGUGUGUGAGUCUAGUCGGUUUGACAGUUUUAGACUGAGUAAGAUGUGUGUUUGUGGCUGAUGAAGGAAGCCCCAAUCUGUGGAGAAUAUGGGGAAAGCAGACUAAAAGAAAAGGACAUGACUGUGUGAGUGGCAUCUAAUUAGGAGGUGACUAAUCGCCCAUACACCCACUCUGAUGUACUGUACAAUUUACCUGCCAUCGUCUUUAUCGCCAUGGCUACAUGCUCGUCAGCGUGCUUCACUGCAUUUUGUUUUAUCUCCAGAGCUCUCAUAGAGAGACUGUAGCCUCAACGUACAUUUAUCUAGAAGGAUUUGUUUUAAGUUCAAUUUAGAAGGCCAAAGGUUGUUGUUAUGUUUCCUUUUUUAUUGUCAUGAAGAUAAUUGCAUGACAUGCUCAAAGACGAAUACUUGAAUCACGUUGAUUUUUGAAAUGUAUUUAAUUUAUAUGAAAAAUGUUAUCAAUGAUGUUGUCAUAAAGCAUAGGAGACUUGUAGAAAGAUACCAUAAUGUAUCAGUUGAGAUUUUGUCAUAUUUGCUGCAAGAGUGGACACUUAAAGGAGACUUGGUCGAUGCAGUUUCCUACAGCUGACGAGGCAGUCAAGUGUCAUGCAGUAGACGGCUCCCUGUUUGUUAUGGUUACUUCAUAGUCUGGACAGGAUGUGAGGUCAUCGGUAACAAAAUCCAGCUGUGACAUGAAGUGAAUGUAUUACGGUGUGAAGCUUUAUCACCCACGGAGUGGUACGGACACAGUCGGGUGCUUGCUUCUCAGAAAUGAAGGCCUUGAUUGCAGUGAGGUCAUGAUGAGGUCAAACAGGAUGACAUUAUGAAUCAGUUCUAUUAUGGCACUUUUGAUUGAACAUGUUCUUGUUACUGAAUACAUGAUCAGUGUUGACUCUACCUGUAGAUACAUAUAUAAAGUAAACUUACAUAUAGACCUGGUUUAUACCUUAGGCCUUGGCAUACAAAAGGUAACACACGUUAGUGACAGGCUACUGUACAAAAGCUAUGCCCUAGUUUGUCGAUGUCUGACCAAUUUGUAGUCUACUGUUUUACUUUUUUGUAAACUGAACACCCAACAUUUUCGAGCACAGAAGCUGACUAAGAGAUGCCCUUAUUCAAAAGCUCUCACUUCACAUGCCUUAGCUGAUGAUUGUUUGAAAAUGCCUUCAUUGCUUGUUUGAUUUACAUUUACAUCAUUUAGCAGACGCUCUUAUCCAGAGCAACUUCCAGUUAGUGAGUGCAUACAUUAUUGUAACUUUUUUUUUUUUUUUCAUACCCCCCCCCGUGGGAAUCAAUCCCACAACCCUGGCGUUGCAAACGCCAUGCUCUACCAACUGAGCUACAUCCCCUGCCGGCCAUUCCCUCCCCUACCCUAGACGACGCUGGGCCAAUUGUGCGCCGCACCAUGGGUCUCCCGGUCGCGGCCGGCUACGACAGAGCCUGGAUUCGAACCAGGAUCUCUAGUGGCACAGCUAGCACUGCGAUGCAGUGCCUUAGACCACUGCGCUACUCUGGAGAUUUCUGUCUCAUCAGGGUUGGGGUCCAAUCAGUAGUAAAAUCAGUGAAUUUGAAUUUUUAUUAACUUCUAGAAUUUCUCCAGAAUUGACCCCCCAACCCUCUGUCACUCACAUGCUGCCCUUUGAAAUGCUGAUAUGUUGUGUCAUAUCGGCUCAUUGAAUUAGAGCCAAGAACCAUAUCAUUCUGAUUCUGUUUCCGCCCACCAACAUUUCACCAACGUGUAGCUUUCUGCAAAAGCAUACUGACUAUUUUUGAUAAGACAAUGUAAUAUGUAUUAUAUACCAAAAAAGAUUCCAAAAUGUUUAUGCAAAAUAAAUGUAGUAUUCUAUUGCUUAAAAAAUAUAUUGUAUUUGUAAUCUUAUUUUAUUGAACUUGAAAUAAAUAAAAGCUAUUUUAUCAGCUGUAGUGAGUUGUUUGACCAUUCCUUCCUGCUAUAGAAAACCUUUGAGUGACAUGGUUAGACUGUAAGAUGUACUUUCACCUGUUACCACACAGGGGUAGCAAAGGGCUUAUAAUUAGUCACAAAGUAGCUCAUUGGAAAAGGGCAGUACAAUAAUUGUUUUGCCUUACUUUAGAAAUACAAAAAAUUGAAGUUUGCAUAUGUCUACGAGAUGUAAUGUACUUAUUUGUUCUGCCCAAUCAGAUUUGUUUGUAUCAUGGCAAUUAACUUCAAAGAUGUUUCAGAGGGAUUUUACUUUCUUACUUACCAUACUUUUUGUACUUAUUGUACACACCCUUGUGAUAACUGAUGAGCAAUAGUAAAACCAGCAAGCAUGCAACAUGCACCUUAUAGUGGGCAUCAUGUGCUCUCAGACGACCACCACUAGAUCUCUCUAUGCCUCAGCUGUGGAGUGUAUUCUGGUGCAGGCAGGUCUCUCCCAUUAACACUCCCCCUUCCCAUCCCUCCCCUCUCUUCAAGCCCAGAUUCCCAGCCCAGGCCCGGCUCAGCCCGGCUGGCGGGACGUAUGGGGUGGCACCAUAUGGCAGGACGCUGUGUGCCAUGUUGGCUAGCUGGCACAGCCCCACGACACCACUCUCAUGGGACUAAAGGCUCAGGUUACCAUGGAGACCGGUGGCUUGUGGCCGUCACCAUGGCAAUAGAUGGUGAGGGGGAAAGAGGAGUGGUCAGAGACCAAGGAUUGGGUGAUUGUGGUUCAAACCCUUGAGUUCUGGAGAAUUCAAUGGUUAACAGAAUGAAUAAUUUUCAGAUGGCUGGAGCAGGGAGUUGCAGGUUUUUAAGCAAUAUAGUUGUUAUAAAUGUCUUACACUGAUGAUGACUUGAUUUCUGACCAUCUCCAUCACACCUGCAACACAAUCUGAAGACAAUAGACUAGAGCUGCCAUGCGAAAGGCACACAGGAAAUGCGCUUUACAUCAUGUCCCAAAUAGUCUGAAACAGUUCCCUUUCCUUGUCUCCUUUCCUCUAAGACCUCUGAUCUAAUAGGACUUUACUGUCUCUGUAGUUAUGAAGAGAUUGGACAGGGGAGAGGUAGAGCGGAACACAGCCUUCAUUUUAAGAGUAGGCGGAGGGUCAGUCAGUCACUUUACAGUCUAGAUGGGUAGAUUCAAAUUGUCUCUAAAUUGCAGAGUUAAAGCAGCACACUCAGACAUAAUCAUGAUGAGUGGCCCACUAUUUAAUUAGCUCCCAUGAAACACUGAGGGGAGACGGAACAAGAGGACCCUCCCCCACAUCUUCUGGGCUUCAAUGGGCCUCGCUAGAGUAACCUACAAUAGGAGGGCCUCGUCACAGAGCCAGAGAUACAUGUAAAUGAAAUAGCCCCAUUAAUUUGUAAUUAACAUCAAGUUAAUGACAAUGUCACUGUGUCGCCGUCUCAUCGGAUGUCCUUCCUUUGUGGCGGAGGGCCUACUCUACUGUAUCCCCCCCCCCCCCCCCCCACUCUCUCGCCCUCUCUCUCUCUCGCCCUCUCUCCCUCUCCUGAUCCCCUGAUCAGAAUGCUAAUUAGUGGAAUGCGAGUUAACGACUUUAAAAGGGACAGGGAGUUUAUUAGGACUAACUAACGACAUAAAGACCUAGUUAACGACUGGGCAUUGUGUUGUGGAGGAUUAAUCAUUCACUGGUAAUAGAUCAGGUGUUAGAAGUCCUGAGGUCCUCUGAGAGCCUUUGUAUUGACAUGGUUUAAACGCUAAUUGCAUUGCGCCUGUUAGCCUGAUGUUAGGGAUUUCAGCCUGAUAGAACUAAAAUAUUUCCGGUGUAGCCUAUGUCAGAAAUAAUGUGGUUUCAGCACAGCGAGAAAGGAUGUUUGAAUGUAUACCUUUUCGUCAAAUGUAUUUUUGGUUGGCACUGCAUGCAUCGGGCACAACAAUAUGUUUUACGUGUCCUCUAAACCUACAGGUAACUGCCAAAAUAAAGGAAACAGCUGAGUAAAUGAGGGAUACAAAGUAUAUUGAAAGCAGGUGCUUCCACACAGGUGUGGUUCCUGAGUUAAUUAAGCAAUGAACAUCCCAUCAUGCUUUGGGUCAUGUAUAAAAAUACCCAGGUGCCCAUUAUUUUGGCUACCAUGGCUAGAAGAAGAGAUCUCAAUUACUUUGAAAGAGAGUUCUCAAAGGAGCAUAUGGGGUUCGAAGUGUGUUUGUGUGUCUCAGUAACCAGAUCUCAAACCAAUUGAACACUAUUGGGAGAUUCUUGAGUGGCGUCUGAGACAGCGUUUUUCCACCACCAUCAACAAAACACCAAAUUAUGGAAUUUCUCAUGGAAGAAUGGUGUGGGAUCCCUCAAAUAGAGUUCCAGACACUUGUAAAAUCUAUGCCAAGGUGCAUUGAAGCUGUUUCUGGUGGCUCGUGAUGGUCCAACGCCCUAUUAAGACACUUUAUGUUGGUGUUUCCUUUAUUUUGGCAGUUACCUGUAGUUACUGGGUGCAUUUGAUUGAAUAAGGUUUUUAAUUAAAGUGCGUAGACUGCCCUAUACUCACUCUCAGUUGUUCUUGGUCCCCUCCUGCCUAAAUCAGCCCACUGCCACUUGUAAAUUGUUGUGAUUUGGCAGUGUGGAUAACUGCAUCUCUACUGUCCCCAGGGCAGGUUCCAGGUAUAAGCAAUAAUUCUAUGCGCCCCCCACCCCCCCCCCGACCAUACAAAAUAAAAUGCAAUUAGGAACUCAGUCAGGGUCUCAACCUACUAUUGAGAGUAAGAAUAGUAGAAUACACCAGGUGCAAUUUUGAAAUUUGGCUGUGCAGCAUCAAACCUCAGUCACUCAAUUAGCCAUUUCAGCAAACAAUUUUUAGAUUGGUAGUUAGUCUAGCCAGCUAUCUAAACUUGAAGUAAUCAUGGCCGAAUAACGACCGGGCACGCAGGGCACGUGCCACGCUAACCUCUCUCUCUCUCUCUUCAUAAUUGACCCUUCGGCGGAGAAGGGGGUAGCUGCAGCCCAAUGUGGCGACCGGAGUAUGGGUGAGUGGGUGUUUCUUACCAGGCAACUACCGUACAUUGAGCUACCGUACCGCGAGAGUUUGCACUUCUGUUUUGAAGCCAAACAAUGAGUCGUAUUUCACUGUUAGUUUUACACAAAUAAUUGUACAUUUUCAGUUAUAAAACUGACAAUAGUUUACUUUUUAUUAAAAGUACUGAUGAUGGGUGUACGGUUACUUCAUGCAUUGUAUGCGUGUGCUUGCUGUGACUGUCACCCUGAUAUUGGCAACUAGGUAGCUACUUCCCAUGCCGUUGCCGGACAGUAGUGCUUGUCAAGGGGGAACGUAGGGCACUGUGUCCAGGUGUUGUUGCCGUUCAUGCCAUCUUUGACCUGAUGAAGAUCUGUUUCGGAUCGAAAUGUUGUCAAUAAAGCAGUGAAUUGGGAGCAUAAACAGUGUGCGGGCCUUGCUGUUCUUUACAAGUAUUCUUCAUUAGUCCAGCACCUAAGUUUUUAAGGAUUUGCGUAUGACCACAAACGUUUCUAUAGCCAUUCAUGCCCUCCCCAGUAGUAGACUGUAUGUGUACUGUAUAUCAAGGUGACAUCUAGAUGGUUAUUAGAUAUUAUUUAUUGUGUAGGCUGCCAUCCCUACUUUAAAUAAAAUCAUAGGAGGGAAGAAAUUGCCACUUUAGCUACCGCCGGCGACAUGACCGUGAUACCAAGUAGGAAGCUCAGGUCGGCAGGCACGUCAAUACAACACCGUUACACUGGUCGCCAGCUCGACUCUACUCGUCGUGCAGCCCAAUCAGCCGAGAAGCCACGCAAAACUGUCUUGAGUGGCAAGAAAUCUGCCCAAUUAGCUGAUUUUCUUUCAAUACACCCACUCCUUUUAACACACCCACUCGCCCAUAUUCACCAUAUUGGGCUGCAGCUACCCAUACUUGUUUUGGAGUGAUUCCCUGAUGCCCAAACAAAAUCUCUUUGGCCCUAUCUCUCUCACCCUCAUUCCCUCUCUCUUACACAAAUGCCGGCAGAUAUGUAUAUUUCUGUCAAUUAAACCCUGUCAGCUGUUUGCCUCCUGCUAGACAUAUGGCCUCAGUUAAAUAUAAAGAGCAAACAGCGCAGGCAUUGAGAGGGGCACCAUUUUAAUGGAACCCUUUGGGACAGGACCCACACCUUCCCAUUCGUUUUUUUCAAUCACGUUGGUGCAAUUUUCACAAGUAUGUGGUAAAAUUUCACAACUUUUAGUACAAAACUCAAAACAGAUCAUCAAAAAGGCAGUUGUUUCAAAACUCUAAGGACAUUUUCAAUUUAAUGAUUACAGCAUUUAAAAUCAUACAGUCUCUUUUCACCAAACUUAAUCAGUGUUUCAUCUAGAAAUACAUGUUUCACGUUGGUUCCCUGUGGGGCGGGGAACUCAGUCGGGCUUUCAACUUACUCCUGAAAUUAUAGUAGAAUGCACAAGGGGCAAUUUCGAAUUGGGUAGUGCAUCAGCAGUCUUCCUCUUUCAUGUCAAUUAAUCAGACCUUACAGAGUUAUUUAUACAGUGCCUUCCGAAUGUAUUCAUACAUCUUGACUUAUUCCACAUUUUGUUGUGUUACAGCCUGAAUUCAAAAUGGAUUAAAUCAUUUUUUCCCCCUCACCCAUCUAUACAUGAUACCCCACAAUGACAGUAAAAACAUGUUUUUAGAAAUGUUUGGCGUUGCAGCCUGAUAGAACUAAAAUAUUUCCGGUAUAGCCUAUGUCAGAAAUAAUGUGGUUUCAGCACAGCGAGAAAGGAUUUCAAUUGAUACCUUUCUGACACCACCCCAGAAUCCCAGUUUCCUGAACACCCCAAGACCCCAGAGCCCAGCAUGGAGGAGCCCAGAGCUGACGGGAAACGCUGGGGCUCGCCAGGACUAGCUGUGCAGUUACACCCCAGCUACCCAGUCACGUCUGUCACUACCCGCAACCCUCCACUGGGACAACCCUCAGCACCACAUUCAAGUCUUCGUGGACUCCGGGGCUGCGGAGAAUUUCAUGGACCAAGACUUCGCCAGAGAAUUACAAAUCCCAUGUGUGAAAUGUCCCAUCCCUCUGCAGAUUCAAGCCCUCGAUGGACACCCCUUCGGCUCCGGCCAGGUGGAGUAUCAGACCAAGCCCAUUCUACUGCAGGUUGGGGUGAACCACUCAGAGACUCUUAGUUUUCUUUUGAUCACUGCUCCCGAGAAUCCCCUGAUCCUAGGCUACCCCUGGCUACUGCUAUAUAACCCACUAUUCUCCUGGUCCAUGGGACACCUACUAGACUGGGGUAAGAACUGCCAGACUAACUGCCUAAGACCCCCACCAAGAGCCUCGCCGCAAUCCCCAGCAUCCCUCGAAGACCAAGACUUCUCCACUCUCCCUCCCGAAUACUUUGACCUCCAGGAGGUCCUCUACAUCCCCAGCUGGUGCAGGCUUCUUCUUUGUGGGAAAGAAGGAUGGAGGUCUGCGUCCCUGCAUCGAUUACAGAGGGAUGAACAGGAUUAUGAUUAAGAAUCGUUAUACCCCACCCGUGAUGUUCGCCGCCUUGGAGUUGGCCCAAGGGGCCCAAUUCUUCACCAAACUGGACCUCUGCAAUGCUUACAAUCAAAUGAGAAUCAGGGAGAGAGAUUAAUGGAAAACUGCCUUUAACACCCCUAGUGGCCACUAUUAGUAUUUAGUCAUGCCCUUCGGAUUGUCGAACUCACCGGCAGUCUUCCAAGCAUUGGUCAAUGACACGCUUAGGGAAAUGUUGAAUCGGUUCGUCUUUGUUUACCUCGAUGACAUCCUGAUCUUCUCCAAGACCCUUCCGGAACACAUCCUGCACGUCCGCCAAGUCCUGAGAAACCUCCUGCAGAGUCAACUAUACGUCAAGAUAGAGAAGUGUGAGUUCCACGUAUCCGAAGUUUCUUUCCUGGGUCACAUUAUCUCUACUGCCGGCAUCCAAAUGGACCCCGUAAAGGUUAAGGCAGUCACCGACUGGUCCCAUCCCGCCUCACUCAAACAAGUCCAGCGGUUCCUCGGGUUUGCCCAUUUUUACAGGCGUUUUAUACGCAACUUUGGUGCGGUGGCAGCACCUCUCACGGUCCUAACCCGCAAGUUCCUGACCCGUUUUUGCUGGACCCCUGAGGCUGACAGGGCAUUCGUGGAGCUCAAGGGACGUUUCACCUCCGGACCCAUCCUCGUUCAUCCUGAUUCUACUUUCGUGGUAGAGGUGGACGCCUCAGACACCGGAGCAGGGGCGGUCCUUUCCCAGCGGAACGAGGAGGACAAGAAACUGCAUCCAAGCGGUUCUCGCCUGCGGAACGCAACUACGAUGUAGGCAACCGGGAGCUCUUGGCAGUUAAGUGGGCCCUUGAGGGGUGGAGACACUGGUUGGAGGGGGCACCUCAUCCUUUCGUGAUCUGGACGACCCAUAAGAACUUGGUCUCCAUUCAAGAAGCCAAGAGGUGAACGCUCGCCAGGCUAGGUGGGCUCUGUUUUUUAACAGGUUCAACUUCACACUAGCCUAUCGCCCAGGAUCCAAGAAUCAGAAAGCAGAUGCCCUGUCCCGCCAACAUGAUGUCUCUAACGAGGAGAGGGACUCCGAGCCCAUCAUCCCCAGCUCCUGCAUUGUGGCCCCCGUGAUAUGGAGUAUUGAGACCACGGUCUGACAAGCCCAGACCCGAGAACCUGACCCCUGUGGGGGUCCCACUAACAGACUUCAUGUUCCGCGAUCAGCCCGUUCCCGAGUACUACAAUGGGGACACUCCUCUAAAUUAACUGGGCAUCCAGGGGUUAAUUGGACACUGGAGUUCCUGAGGCGGAGAUUCUGCUGGCCCAACAUGACUGAGGAUGUGAGAUCCUUCAUGACGGCCUGCUCCAUCUGUGCCCAAAGCAAGUCCUCACAACAGCGAAUGGCUGGGUUGCUCCAACCUCUGCUCAUCCUCAGCCGGCCCUGGCCCCACCUGUCCGUAGACUUUAUCACAGGGUUACCUCCAUCCCAAGGGCUUACCACUAUCCUGGUGGUCGUCGAUCGGUUCUCCAAGGCAGCCCAUUUCAUCGCCUUACCCAAGUUACCCUCGGCAAGGGAGACCACGAAUCUCAUGAUUACCCAUGUCUUUCGACUACACAGACUUCCCCAGGACAUUGUCUCAGAUCGUGAGCCUCAGUUCGUUGCGCGGUAUUGGAAGGCCUUCUGCUCCCUGUUGGGGGCGUUGGGGAGUCUCUCCUCAGGGUUCCACCCACAGUCUAAUGGGCAGACAGCGGGUCAACCAGGAGCUGGAGAAGUUCCUCCGUUGUUUUGUCUCCACUCAGGCCAUCAACUGGAGCAAGUUCCUCGUCUGGGUGGAAUAUGCUCACAACACUGCCGAACUUGUCCACUGGACUGUCGCCGUUCAAGCAUCUAUGAGGGUCUGUCCAUCCUACCAUGUCUCCCGUCUCAAGCUGGUAAGGACCAGUCUCUUCUUUUCCCCCACACCUGCCCCUCCGCCCCCUCGUCUUGUUGAUGGUCGCCCGGCCUACACUGUCCUGCAUCUGUUGGAGGCUCGUCAGGUCCGAGGUACCCUGCAGUACCUGGUGGACUGGGAGGGCUACGGUCCCGAGGAGCGGGUGUGGGUGCCUGCCCGGGACGUCCUGGAUCCGGGACUGGUUCGGGACUUCAACCAACUAAGUGGUGGUCGCCCUGGCUCUGCGGCUGGAGCCGCUUCUAGAAAGGGGGUCUGUCAUGGUUUCACCUGUCACCAGAGGGCGGCAGAGACCGUCCUAGAGACAAUAAUGAUACAGGCGUGUUCAAAUCAAAUCAAAUCAAAUUUUAUUGGCCACAGGCGCCAAAUACAACAGGUGCAGACAUUACAGUGAAAUGCUUACUGCUGUUCUAGCCUAAUUAUGAUUUCUCUUUUAAGAGAGGUGUGUUUUUUGUUUCCCUUUGCAGAAGCUUGAUUCGUUUGCUAUGUGCGUUUCUCUCCAGGGUGAGUUUUCUAGCCCUAGUGUUUGUUGUUUUCCCUGUAUUACUGUGAUCCUUCUGUUACCAAUUCUCAGUAAAAUAUUUACAUUUAUCCUAAGCCACUGAUUCCUUGUCUGGUCUCUUCUCAGCUCCUGGGUCCAACCUCAUCACGUCACAAUUUCAGCUUUUCAUUUUUAAUUAAUUUGUAAACAUUUCGGAAAACAUAAUUCCACGUUGACAUUAUGGGGUAUUGAUUUUGUUGUAAUGUUUGAGUCACUUAUAUAUCACAUGAACACACAUAAGACAUGGCUAAAUGUAUAGAAUUGCAGGAAAUAAACUUUUAACCUGCUAAAUGUUCUCUCUGCCAAUGUUUCCCAAUGAUGGAAGAGGGGCACGAGAGAAAAACUUUGGAAACACUUGAUAUAAAGUAAAUGCUCACAUUACUAUUGAUAUGAUUGUCUUCUCAUUUGUUAAAAUACCUUUUAAUAAUACUUAAUCCAACUGCUCUUAAUUGAUAAUCAUUCAAUCGUUUAGUAAACCUAUAGAUUUUUAAAUGGUUUGUCUAUAUACGUUUUUUGAGAACUACAGAAUGAGAAUGUAUGUUUGUAAAGUAUGAUCAUAUAAAGUAUUAUACAUAUAUUGUAAUGUACAAUUAGGAUCAUGACUACUAUGAUUUCACUUUACAAAAUCUGAUAUUGAUAAGAACAGAGAUGUACUGUAUGUAACAAAUGCAUCACUUACAGUAAGCAUGUAUCCAAAAGGAAGUUGCUGAGGGGUUUUCACACUGCUUCACUGAAAUUGUAUUGGUCAACAGAGUACUGUAAUACAUGCCAUUUACAUAGCAGACACUUUUGACUAAAGUGACAACAGUAAGUCCAUACAUUUUCUUAUGUGACCCCAGUGGGAAUCAAACCCACAACCCUGAUGUUGCUGGUGCAAAGCUCUUACCAACUGAGCUACACAGGACCACAAUAAUACAUAAUACCAUACAAUACUGUAAAAUACAAUACAUGAUGAUUACCAUACAUAAUGACUACUUGUUAUUGCUAAUGAUUUCACAUAGUGGUAUCCAGAAUUGGUAACAAUGUAAAAGGGGUGGUGUGAACACUUACAAUUUCUUUCAACAUGGAGCAGGAUGCACAACAUGUGCUUGGGCCACCGCAAGGGAGAGGAAGAAAUCCCAGAGCUGGUGGACGUGGAUAAGGGCCCCAUCAGAGAGGUGACCAAGGGCCCAGUCAAAUCAAAUGUUAAUUGUCACAUACACGUAAGCAGAUGUUAUUGCGGUUGUAGCGAAAUGCUUGUGCUUCUAGCACCGACAGUGCAGUAAUAUCUAACAAUUUCACAACAUAUACCCAAUACACACAAAUCUAAGUAAGGAAUGGAAUGAAGAAUAUAUAAAUACAUGGACAAGCAAUGACAAAGUGGCAUGGACUAAGACACAGUAGAAUGUAAUAGAAUACAGUAUGUACAUAUGAGAUGAGUAAUGCAAGAUAUGUAAACAUUAUUAAAGUGACUAGUGUUCCAUUCCUUAAAGUGGCCAGUGAUUUCAAUAGGCAGCAGCAACCUCUAAUGUGCUAGUGAUGGCUAUUUAACAGUGUGAUGGCCUUGAGGUAGAAGCAGUUUUUCAUUCUCUCGGUCCCAGCUUUGAUGCACCUGUACUGACCUCGCCUUCUGGAUGAUAGCGGGGUGAACAGGCAGUGGCUCGGGUGGAUGAUGUCCUUGAUGAUUUUUUUGGCCUUCCUGUGACAUCAGGUGCUGUAGGUGUCCUGCGGGGCGGGUAGUUUGCCCCCGGUAAUGCGUUCGGCAGACCGCACCACCCUCUGGAGAGUCCUGCAGUUGCGGGCAGUGCAGUUGCCGUACCAGGCGGUGAUACAGCCCGACAGGAUGCUCUCCAUUGUGCAUCUGUGAAUGUUUGUGAGGGUUUUAGGUGCCAAGCAAGAUUUCUUCAGCCUCCUGAGGUUGAAGAGGCUCUGUUGCGCCUUCUUCACCACACUGUGUGACAGGUACUGAGGACACGAAGAGGCAGGUGGCAGACGCAGGAAUCAACAAGGUAAAGGUUUACUUAACAAUGAGAAAGAGAAUAACAAAGAGCGAGUACAAGACACGACGCUAACAAUUACACACAACAAUGACUGAACAGUCCAGGGAUAUAUAGUGGUGAUGAUGAGAUGAUGAGAUGAUGAGGUGCAGGUGCGCUGGAGGUGAUUAGGGUGCGUUGGGUUUCCAUUCCUGUGUUGCCGAUGUUUGGUGCGCUCAGAGCGCCGGAGGGGAGAAAUGGGAGGAGACGUGACAGUACCCCCCCCCCGCGGAUUCGCGGCUCCCGCCGCAGGACGUCACCAACCAUGAGAACGACACCGAGGAUGAGGAGCGGGCCGGUCAGGGCGGCGACUGUGGAAGUCCCGAAUUAGGUUGGGGUCCAGAUUGUCUUUAGCCGGAACCCAGCUCCUCUCCUCAGGGCCAUUCCCCUCCCAGUCCACCAUGUAAUGGAACCAUCCCCCACGGAACCUGGAGUCCAGCAGGUCCCUCACAGCAUACGCCGGACUCCCGUCAAUGUCCAGGGGUGGAGAGACACAUGAAAAGUAGGUGAGACACGGUAGUGAGGUGGAAGGAGCAGCCGGUACGACACCUCAUUAAUCAGCCGGCGGACCUUAAAUGGCCCCACAAACCGGGGGCUCAGUUUCUUGCAGGGCAGGCGGAGAGGGAGGUUUCGAGUUGACAGCCAGACACGAUCACCAGGCUGGAAUACGGGAGCCUCACUGCGGUAGUGGUCAGCUUAGUCCUUUUGCCGACGAAUGGCCCUCUAGAGACGGACAUGGGCAGCAGACCUGUCCGGCCCUGCGGAACCACUCAUCGACAGUGGGCGCAUUGUCUGGCUGGGUGUCCAAGGGACCAGGGCCGGCUGGUACCUCAGGACGCAUUGGAAGGGAGUGAGCCCCGUGGAGGAGUGAACGAGGGAGUUCUGGGCAUAUUCUGCCCAGGGAAGAAACCUCGCCCACUCCCCCUGCUGGUCCUGACAGUAGCAAUGAAGAAACCUCCCCAGCUCCUGGUUCAUGCACUCCACCUGCCCAUUUGACUGAGGCCUAUACCCGGAAGUGAGGCUGGCCGUGGCUCCAAUCUUCUCCAGGAAAGCCUUCCACACUUGGGAGAUGAAUUGGGGGCCACGGUCCGAGACGAUGUCCUCCGGAAGUCCAUAGUGCCGGAAGACCUAUGACCACCAUGACUGUGGUGAAGCCGUCAGAACGUGGGAGGUCGGUGACAAAGUCUAUGGACAGGUGUGACCAAGGUCGCUGAGGCACUGGUAGAGGAGCUAGUUUGUCUGCCCGGGGCGUUCCGAGGUGUCUUCAUUUGGGCACAUACGGAACAGGAGUUGACAUAGCGAGAGACAUCAGUAACCAAGGUGGGCCACCAGUAUUUUUGUGAUAGAGAAUGCAGGGUGCGCGUAAUUUUGGAGUGCCCUUCCCUAAGGGUGGUGUGUGCCCAGAUCAGCAGGUGGUCACGGACACUGGUGGGUACAUACACGCGCCCCAGAGGGGCAUUGGCAGGCGCUAGGUCCUCCUGAGCCGCCAGGCAGAUGUCUACGUCCACAUCCCACACGACAGGUGCAACGAUGAGAGACGGGGGCAGGAUAGGACCCCCCAGAUCCUUCCUUUCUCCGGUAUGGUGCAUCCUGGAGAGUGCGUCGGCUUUCACAUUAUGGGAUCCUGGGCGGUCGAACAGAAUGAACUGAAGGCGAGUAAGAAAUUGGGCCCACCUGGCUUGACGAGAGUUCAUCGGUUUCGCUUCCCGUAUGUGCUCCAAAUUCCGGUGGUCAGUAAGAAUCCGGAAUGGAUGGACUGCGCCCUCCAGCCAGUGUCUCCAUUCUUCCAGAGCAAGGACCACCGCCAACAGCUCCCUGUCUCCAACUCCAUAGUUCCUCUCUGCGGGGGUACGUUUUUUAGAGAAAAAGGCACAGGGAUACAUUUUUUCUGGCUUAUCUUGCCGCUGGGAGAGGACCGCACCCACGCCCUCCUCAGAUGGAUCUGGGUGUUUUAGGAUGGGCGCUGUGGUGAACCUCUCCUUCAGCCUCUUGAAGGCAGCGUCAGCCUCAGGGUUCCAGGCCAGCUUCUGAGGUCCACCCUUAAGAAGAGAGGUGAGCGGGGUGGCUAUGGCGCUGAAGGACCUGAUGAAACGCUGGUAGAAAUUGGCGAAGCCCAGGAUGCUCUGUAGGCCCUUGAUGGUGGUGGGGACUGGCCAUGACCUGACCGCAUCCGUCUUCUCUCUUUCCAUGAAUACCCCUGAGGACUGAUCCUGUAUCCCAGGAAGGAGAUGGCUUUUGGUGGAAUUCGUAUUUCUCCCCCUUCACCAACAGGCUGUGUUCCCGGAGGUGGAGUAGGACAGCUCUGACGUCCCUGACGUGCUUCUCGAACGUAGCCGAGUAGAUCAGGAUAUCGUCAAUGUACACCACCACCUGUCUACUCAGCAUGUCUUGGAACACGUCAUUGACGAAGGACUGGAACACAGAAGGUGCGUUGGCGAGGCCGUAGGGCAUGAUGCAGUAUUCAUAGUGGCCUGAGGUAGUGCUGAAUGCCGUCUUCCACUCGUCUCCUUCGCGGAUUCGGAUCAGGUUGUAGGCAAAGUACCGGGCCCCUCGUAGCUGCUCGAUGGCUGACGGUAGUGUGGGAAUGGUGAUGGUGAUGGGGAGAGUGACGUGCGUAAUGGUGCCUGAUCCAAGUGGUUUAUUGUCCAGCGAGUUGAUGUGUAGCGGAGAAGGCAGUGGCAAGGUGGGCAACCCCCAUUCAGAGACUAGCUCCCUAUCUAUAAGUUUCCCCGCCUAUCCGGAAUCUAUCAUUGCAGUGGAAAUGGAAGAGAAGGAAUAACCAGUCACCGUUAUGGGAACUAAAAACAAUGGUUUUGUGAUAGGAGAUGACGUAACACUCACGGAGCGGCGACAGGAGUCAUACCGCCUAAAUUGGGAGCCGCCAGGAGAUCUUUGGUCCGUGGUGGUUUAGGGGGUGCUGCCCACCUCCAUGGGUGAGGACUCGGAGGCAGGGCGGCUUCCAUAGCUCAGAUGGGGUGAGCGUCGAGGCUCCAGGAGGUGUUGGGAAGGCAGUCUGUCUCUCAACAUGUUGUCAAGACGGAUGGACGUGGCGAUGUGGGUAUCAAGGUCCAUCUCAUCGUCCCGACAUGCGAGUUCCGUCUUGAUGUCCUCCCGUAAGCCUCUCCUGAAGGCCGUGUGCAGAGCAUGCUCAUUCAAGCCGGAAGACGCCGCCACCGUGCGAAUGCUCAGAGCGUACUCGGACGCGGGCCCCUCUCCCUGUUGUAGCUGGAGGAGACGCUCACCCCCAUCCUUUCCCUCCGUGGGAUGAUCAAACAUCGCCCUGAACCGAGCGAGGAAGGUGGAGUAGGGAAGUGCCGCUGCCUCACCUCCUUCCCAGACUGCCGUGGCCCAAUCCAGCGCCUUUCCUUUAAGUAGCAAAAUCACCAGCGCUAUCCUGGCUUGGUCAGAUGGAUAUGCCCCAGGCAGACGUGCCAAAAAAAGUGAAACCUGUAGCAGGAAGCCGCUACAUUUAGUAGUUUUACCAUCAUAGCGCUACAAUAGGGCGAGGGGUCCCUCAGAAGUUGGUGAUAGCAGGGGAACAGGUGGACUGGGUGCACUCGCCACUCCCUGAGGUGGAACCGGAGUGCUGGGCAAAUUAUGCAGAGUUUGGAGCACUUCCUGCAUGGCGGCGUUCAACUGGGCAAGCUGCUGCUCGUGCUGGUCGAGGCGCUGGGAAACUCCAGGAGGAUUAUCUGCUGCAUCCAUUUUUGUGAGAGGUGUGUAAUUCUGUGACGAGUACUGAGGAUAUGAAGAGGCAGCCGCAGGAAUCAACAAGGUAAAGGUUUACUUAACAAUGAGAAAGAGACUAACAAAGAGCGAGUAAACAACACGACGCUAACAAUUACACACAACAAUGACUGAACAGUCCAGGGCUAUAUAGCGGUGGUGAUGAGAUGAUGAGGUGCAGGUGCGCUGGGUUUCCAUUCCUGUGUUGCCGAGGUGGUGCGCUCAGACCGGUGGCUCAGUAGACCCGCGAAUCAGAGCGCCGGAGGGGAGCAACGGGAGGAGACGUGACACACUGUCUGCAUGGGUGGACCAUUUUUCCAGGCCAUCACAGUUGACCAUGUUAUAAACAGAGGUCUUACCAUGGCAGAGGCUGCACGAUUGGUACAUCCUAACCUCAAAAGGUCAACAGUUAAUUCUAUCAAUACGACAUUUUCGUAAAGAAAACCGGUAAGUCUGCAGGAUAUGCACUUUGCUGCAAAAUGACAUAUUUUAAUGCAUUUAAAUUCACACAAAAUAGUAUAGUAAGUGUUGUAUGUAUGUUGAUAGUACCUGUAUUCUUAUGAUAGAUUGACUGUAUACUCCGCUCUACCCUCAGAAGUGACAGAAGGCCACAUGUCGGCGGCCGAGGCCGUGUGCUGAUCGACCAACAGGAGCAGGCAGUGGUGGAAAUGGUGAGGGCGAGGAAUGAUAUACGGCUGAGAGACAACAAUGACACCUUUGCCAAUGUGGCAUCCAUCAGCCUGUUUACAAUAGGCCACCUUUUGAAGAGGCGCCAGGUAUCUAUGAAACAGAUAUACCUGGUGCCUUUUGAGAGAAACAAUGGCCGGAUGAAACAACUGCGGGCAUAGUAUGUUUAGGUUCAGCACCAGUGUAUACUGUAAUAUUACUGUUACUAUUUGAUGCUCAUGCUACUUCACAUUAUCAUAUUGUAAUUGAAAAUAACUAACCCAAAUCUCUUUUUAGAGGGUGAUGGAUGCUUGAUGUUGCUGUGAACAAUUGCAAAUACACAUUUGUUGAUGAAGCGGCCUUCAACCUGGCCAAAACUCGGUGUCGUGGGCGGAACCUCAUCGGCCAACAGGUGACCGACCGUUCAAGUUCCUGGACAACGUGGGGGAAAUAUCUCCAUGUGUUCAGCCAUAUCUGAAGAUGGUUUGGUAGGGCAUAGGCCUCUACUUGGGUCCAACAAUGCUGCACACCUCCUCAAUGAGAUUUAGAAGGCCUGUCAAGGCGAAAGGGUCACCUAUGUCAUUGUGUGGGACAAUGUCAGGUUUAAAUCAAAUCAAAUCAAAUCAAAUGUUAUUUGUCACAUGCACCGAAUACAACAGGUGUAGACCUUACAGUGAAAUGCUUACUUACAAGCCCUUAACCAACAUUGCAGUUUUAAGAAAAGAAAAAAACAGAUAACUACAAAAUAAUUGAAGAGCAGCAGUAAAAUAACAGUUGCGAGGCUAUAUACAGGGGGUACCGGUACAGAGUCAAUGUGCGGGGGCACAGGUUAGUUGAGGUAAUUGAGGUAAUAUGUACAUGUAGGUAGAGAUAAAAUGACUAUGCAUAGAUAAUAAACAGAGAGUGGCAGCAGCGUAUAAGAGUGGGUGGGGAUGGGGCGGGAACAAUGCAAAUAGUCUGGGUAGCCAUGAUUAGCUGUUCAGGAGUCUAAUGGCUUGGUGGAGAGGCUGUUAAGAAGCCUUUUCGACCUAGACUUGGCGCUCCGGUACCGCUUGCCGUGCGAUAACAGAGAGAACAGUCUAUGACUAGGGUGGCUGCAGUCUUUGACAAUUUUUAGGUGCCUUCCUCUGACACUACCUGGUAUAGAGGUCCUGGAUGGCAGGAAGCUUGGCCCCAGUGAUGUACUGGGCCGUACGCACUACCCUCUGUAGUGCCUUGCGGUCGGAGGCCGAGCAGUUGCCAUACCAGGCAGUGAUGCAACCAGUCAGGAUACUCUCGAUGGUGCAGCUGUAUAACUUUUGGAGGAUCUGAGGACCCAUGCCAAAUCUUUUCAGUCUCCUGAGAGGGAAUAGGCUUUGUCGUGCCCUCUUCACGACUGUGUUGGUGUGUUUGGACCAUGAUAGUUUGUUAGUGACGUGGACACCAAGGAAGUUGAAGCUCUCAACCUGCUCCACUACAGCCCUGUCGAUGAGAAUGGGGGCGUGCUCGGUCCUCUUUUUCCUGUAGUCCGCAAUCAUCUCCUUUGUCUUGAUCACCUUGAGGGAGAGGUUGUUAUCCUGGCACCACACGGCCAGGUCUCUGACCUCCUCCCGAUAGGCUGUCUCAUCGUUGUCGGUGAUCAGGCCUACCACUGUUGUGUUGUCGGCAACCUUCAUGAUGGUGUUGGAGUGCCUGGCCAUGCAGUCAUUGUUGAACAGGGAGUACAGGAUCGGACUGAGCACACACCCCUGAGGGGCCCCCGUGUUGAGGAUCAGCGUGGCAGAUCUGUUGUGACCUACCCUUAGCACCUGGGGGCGGCUUGACAUGAUGUACAGGAUCCAGUUGCAGAGGGAGGAGUUUAGUCCCAGUGUUAUGUGGGCAGCUUGUCUCUCCCUUUUCUGUUUCCCUUCCUCCUUGUUUUGUCCCCUCUUUGUCUGUUGUAUCUGUAUGUGUGUUUGUCCCCAUUAUGUUGGUGCGUCUGCCGGUGUGUGUCUGGAGUGGAUCGGGGGGGCGUGCUCAGGAUCUGCCUCUCCUGUGCAUCCUAUUCUCUCAUCAACCUGCAUUACUAAUUCCUGGGCAUGGCUCUCCACCGGCGCCAGAUCGUUGUUCUUACUAGAGCGGUAACUUGGCUCACCAGUAGAGUUAAAUUGUCUUUGUCUUCAGCCUGGCUCUUUACUCUCCUUAACCUGUCGUUUGUUUUGUCUUCAGUUCAGACAUACCUCCCAACCUGCCUGCCUGCCUUCCUGCCUGCCUGCCUGCCUGCCUGCCUGCCUGCCUGCCUCAGCCUCUCCUUCCUCCGGAGCCGACUAGCCCACUCUGUUCCUUUUCUUCAGUUGUUUUUGGACUAAGACAAAUUGAACUUUUAUUAAAAUAAUUUUUGUUUCUUCCACUCCCUUAGUCGUGUUCUGUUUCUCUGAGUGCUGGGUUUAACCAUAGCGUAACACCCAGGGUCCUUAGCUUAGGUAUGAGCUUUGAGGGCACCAUGGUGUUGAAUGCUGUGCUGUUGUCAAUGAAUAGCAUUCUCACGUAGGUGUUCCUUUUUUCCAGGUGGGAAAGGGCAGUGUGGAGUGCAAUAGAGAUUGCAUCAUCUGUGGAUCUGUUGGUGCGGUAUGCAAAUUGGAGUGGGUCUUGGGUUUCUGGGAUAAUGGGGUUGAUGUGAGCCAUGACCAGCCUUUCAAAGCACUUCAUGGCUACAGACGUGAGUGCUACGGGUUGGUAGUCAUAUAGGCAGGAUACCUUAGUGUUCUUUGGCACAGGGACUAUGGUGGUCUGCUUGAAAUAUGUUGGUAUUACAGACUCAGACAGGGAGAGGUUGAAAAUAUCAGUGAAGACACUUGCCAGUUGGUCAGCGCAUGCUCGGAGUACACAUCCUAGUAAUCUGUCUGGCCCUGUGGCCUUGUGAAUGUUGACCUGUUUAAAUGUCUUACUCACAUCGGCUACGGAGAGCGUGAUCACACAGUCGUCCAGAACAGCUGAUGCUCUCAUGCAUGCUUCAGUGUUGCUUGCCUCGAAGUGAGCAUAGAAGUAAUUUAGCUCGUCUGGUAGGCUCGUGUCACUAGGCAGCUCGCAGCUGUGCUUCCCUUUGUAGUCUGUAAUAGUUUGCAAGCCCUGCCACAUCUGACGAGCAUCGGAGCCGGUUUAUUACAAUUCAAUCUUAGUCCUGUAUUGACGCAUGCCUGUUUGAGGGCAUAGCGGGAUUUCUUAUAAGCGUCCGGGUUAGAGUCCCGCUCCUUGAAAGCGGCAGCUCUACCCUUUAGCUCAGUGCGGAUGUUGCCUGUAAUCCAAGGCUUCUGGUUGGGGUAUGUACGUCAGUCAAUGUGGGGACGACGUCAUCGAUGCACUUCUUGAUGAAUCCAGUGACUAAUGUGGUGCACUCCUCAAUGCAUCGGAAGAAUCCUUGAACAUAUUCCAGUCUGUGCUAGCAAAACAUUCCUGUAGCUUAGCAUCUGCGUCAUCUGACCACUUCUUUAUUGACAGAGUCACUAGUGCUUCCUGCUUUCGUUUUUGCUUGUAAGCAGGAAUCAGGAGGAUAGAGUUAUGGUCAGAUUUGCCAAAUUGAGGGCGAGGGAGAGCUUUGUAUGUGUCUCUGUGUGUGGAGUAAAGUUGGUCUAGAGUUUUUUUUCCUCUGGUUGCACAUUUAACAUGCUGGUAGAAAUGAGGUAAAACGGAUUUAAGUUUCCCUUCAUUAAAGUCCCCAGCCACUAGGAGCGCCACCUCUGGAUGAGCGUUUUCCUGUUUGCUUAUGGCCUUAUUCAGCUCAUUGAGUGCGGUUUUAGUGCCAGCAUCGGUUUGUGAUGGUAAAUAGACAGCUCCGAAAAAUAUAGAUGAAAACUCUCUUGGUAAAUAAUGUGGUCUACAGCUUAUCAUGAGAUACUCUAUCCAUGUCGUCGUUCAGCCACGCCUCGGUGAAACAUGCAGUGGUGGUUCAGGCAUGGUUUCAGGCCCAUCCCCGAUUCCUGACCCUGUACCUGCCCCCAUAAUCUCCUUUCCUCAAUCCUAUCGAGGAUUUAUUUUCAGCAUGGAGGUGGAAGGUGUAUGAUCACCAUCAACAUGAGUGUGCCACCCUCCUUCAGGCCAUGGAUGAGGCAUGCGGUGAUAUCAACCCAGACAAAUGUCAGUCUUGGAUUCGCCUGCCAAAAGGUUUUUAACCAGGUGCAUGAACAAUGAGGACAUUCACUGCGAUGUCGAUGAGAACCUUUGCCGAAAUGCUCAAGACAGGCUUGAUGCAAACUAGUGCCAGCUAACUAGUUUCUUUCUUUCUUUCAUUUAUUUCCUUUGUUAAUUGAAUUUGUUACAUUUGAUUACAGUACACAUAUGUUGUAAUCAAUGUUUUCAAUGACCACACCUUUAUUCACACAUGGGAUAGAAAUGAUGGAAAUGAAAAAAAAAUUCUGAUGGGUAGUGCAAGUGUAUAACCUAAUGUGAAACCUGGGUAAUGUACUGUAAUUUACAGUACUGUAGCAUAUUACUUUUAGCACUUCAAAGGACAAUUUUGAAACGUGUAUCUUCCAUUUUUGCUGUUGGGUUAACUGAUUGUUAAAACAACUAAAUUGAGAAGAUAUCAUUAUGUUGUGUUUUGGUGAUUAAACCAAUGUUCUCAUUAUAUUUCACAGUAAACACGAGCCCUGUGUAGCUCAGUUGGUAGAGCAUGGCGCUUGCAACGCCAGGGUUGUGGGUUCGAUUCCCAUGGGGGGCCAGUAUGAAGAAAAAAAAAAAAAAAAAAAAAUGUAUGCACUCACUAACUGUAAGUCGCUCUGGAUAAGAGCGUCUGCUAAAUGACUAAAAUGUAAACAUGUACUGUAUUUUGGCUCAAUGGUUUUGUGGGGAAAGAUGUCUCCAAACAAAAUGAAUGCACAAUGAGAGGUUUUGAUUGUAAGACCGUCUGUGUUUCAAGUGUGUCUAAGAGUUUUCAAAAUUCACCACAUACAGUACUUGUGAAAAUAGCACCAAAGGGAUUGAAAAACUGUCAUAACAUAAACCACUAUCAGCCCUGUGGCCAGAUGAGGACAGUGUGUGUGUGUGUGUCUGCUCCCUCUCUUUACGUGUAAGUUAAGUUUCAGUUGGUUUUCUGCUACCAUCAUGGGGCCUAUAAUCAUAUACUCUACCUACCUGGCUAGUGGCCACAGUUGCUUUGCUUGACAUACUCUAAUACUUUCAAAAGUAUUUGGUCUGUAACAGAAAGAAACUCAUCAUAACAAAUGUUGAAGGAAUAUAAUUUUAGGAAACAAUAUAGUGUGUGUUGCCUUCGGCACUGAGUUAUCAUAUGCUCAGUUUUGAAAUGACAGAGAAAUACAGAAAUUCUCAUGGAACAAUGGUUAAAUACUGAAAGUAAUUAGACCACUGCAAGUCAUACUGAAUUGAUUGUUCUUGCUUAUAAUGUUCAUGAAUGUUUAUAAAUGCUGAAACACUCAUUUAUCAACAGUAUGUACACUAAUUAUGAAUGUUUCUAUUUGCUUCAAUUUGUUUAUGUUUUCCAGAGGUGUUAAUAAAACUAUUGGAUUCAGUUUGGACAUGCACAAGGAGGUUAAAUAUAAUAUUCCCUCCAUCCCUCUCUUCCACCCCUCCACUCAUGUCUUUUUCAGCCCUCCCUGGCUUCACACAGCAACCCUCUCUGCUCACAUCUCCAGCACCACCAGAUUUUCUUCUCUUUUCCCUCCCCUCUCGCUCUACUAAAGUUUGGCUGUCAAUCAGCAGUGGCCUCGGGCAACAGGCACUGAUGAAAAGGCCCCUGAGACAAGAAGACCCACAUUAGAUUUCAAUAAGGACAUUGAAUAUUCAUAUCGGGGAAACAUCUAAAGGUAAAUGCUUUUGAUCUCUGCGCACAAAUAUCACUGUUUUUUCCAGCAGGGUCCGGCCCCAGUCCCGGCCUCGGCUCCCCCUGUCCUCCGGGGGAUGCGGUGGAAUAAUGAUGAUGGAGCUACAAAGGACAAAAAGAGCCAUAAUGAAUGUUUAUACUAAAGGGACUCAAUAGAAAGGGCACCCGCACUAAGUAUUCAGUAAUUAGUAUUUAGCAGAAGUUGAUCGCUACAGUACACACACACACACACACACACACACUAGGCAGAGCCAACAGGGCAACCAGUCAUUUACUCUAAAAACUUUAGACGGGGCAAAAGGUAACCUCCCCUGACAGCCACAGUCAAGACACAGUUUAAUUUUCCUGUCAACGUGUUUACUUUCUUUUUUUAAUUGACUCCAGUUUCUAAUGUUUAUGGAAAUGUCAUCAGAAUACAUGAUGGGAUUGUUUCAUUUCCACAAGCACUUAGUUAUCUUGCUCAUUAGCCUUGUGUAAAAAAAAAACACUAACUAGACUAUCAAUAUAGCACAUUAUUAAUUAAAUAUGUCUCUAUUAGCUGACCUUUUGCACAUGGUGGUAAUUAGUAUGUAUAAGUCUAAAGAAAGGCCUUCCCACACUCUAUGUCGGAUUCAGUCUUUUACGACUAUUACAUGUCAUACUGUGCGAUGUUAAAGGUCCUGAACAGUCAUUCUGAAAGUACUUUUUCUCACAUGGCAAACUACCAGGAAGUUUGAAAAGACAGGCUGAGUGGGCAGGGAGCUAAUAUUCAUGAGCUCGCCUUGACUGACAGCUCUUUGAAACGCCUAUGUCAAGUAACUUGGAUGCAGUGAGCAGUGUUGAGGUAAAAUAAUCUCAAGCUAAUUUGGUGAUACACAAAGCAACUCAAACAACAUUGAAAUUGCAUCAAUUAUGUCAAUUCUUUUUAUACAUCUCCUGUUUGGAAUGUCUCUUACGAUACGGUUCACAGCAGCACUGACGGAUCUGUUGACUUGACAACUGCGUCUGAAUGUUGAAUGACCCAUCCCCCACUUUUGUUCCAUGCUGGCUGUAGACCUAGCUAGCCAGUAACUAGCUAACACCAGACACAGGUGAAAGGGGAAACAUAUAAGUAUCUUUGCCAUAGAUUAAUAGGGUAAACCUAACUCCAGGGGUCACCCAAACCUUCCCCAAAAGAAAAAGAAAAACAGUACUUUCAUCUCAUGCUAUUCUUCACAUUUUUCUAGGAGGAUGAGUGAGAGAAGAUCUUGCAGUUUUAAAGCUAAUUUGCUAUUCUACACAUUUUGCCAUUGCUUAUGACAUGUUCAUAUGCUAUUUGGGGGGCCCCUGACCUCCAACAUAAUAUAUUAUUUUUUGGGUUGGAGGCCCCAUUGAGGUCGGGAGCCCCGGGGCACGUACCCUGGAUGACCGUUCGGUAAUCCAGCCCUGCAUAACACCAGCCACAUUACACAAUAAAGGCAAAAAAAAUUGGAGAGUGCCAGAACUUUGUCGGCGCCUACGACCGCACAUAGUGCUACUUAAUUCCGAAGUGUUACUUAAUUGGCAGACCUAGCCCCUGUCACACUGAACGAGCCAAGACGUCCGACAAUUGUUUAUGACCUAAGAAUUUGCCCACAACAUGGACACAACAUCGUGGCAUAAGAAGGGUAAAAUCGUACAGUCUGUGCGGGCCUUUAGUCACUUACUGCAGUUACUAUACUGUUUUAUUAGUCUAAAUAAAAAGAUCUACUUGUUAAUAUGACAGAAAUGUAUGAAAAAAAAUAACAAUAUGAAUUCUUCAACCUUACUAAAUGGUAUCCAGAGAACUGUGACUGAACUAGUUGUCAGUGAAUGCAGGUCUGUGUCUGAGAUACAAAUGAAUCACUCUGUAGCAAUCAUCGUUACAGUAGUGCAUGGCUCUGUCAAAUAGGCCCAUGUAGGCCCUUUAUUCCUUGUAGUCUCUGACAUCUAAGAGGAAGGGAAGCGAGUGGGGAUGGGGAGGGGCACUGCCUGAGGCACUCUCUCCACAAAGAGUCCACCCUGCUUGGGCACACACUGAGGACUUUUCCUUGACGAGAUGGAGGUACAGUACUGACUGAUGAAGACAGUGAGAAUCCAUUUAAUAGAACUGACCAAUCCUCACAUUCAUAAUUGGUGUGUGUGUGUGUUUCAUGCUUUUUUCUUCUAAAUGCCAAAAUCGGAUGCAAUAAAAGUCACCAAAUGUAUUGCAUUUCUUUCUGUUUCAUAGAUCUUCUUUGCUCUCUCUUCUUGUGUUUCUCUUUAUCUUCUUACAAGAUGAUAGUCCCUCCAUUGCCAGGCAAUCUGGUCUGUCCUGUUUACACGUGUGUUUACCCACAGUUUUUUGUUAAUGUUUUUGGAUUUCUGACAAGAAACAUGGCAAUCCAGACCUCCCUCCUUACUAGUGCUCUUGUAGGUUGCAAUGGAGUGUGUUUGUAUGUGUGAGAGUUCAAACUUGGAUGUUUUUGCACAUGUACGUAUACAGUAUGGGUGUGCACUUGUUGGUUGGUUGGUGUGUGUGUUUGUGUGUGUUUAUACAACGGGUGGGUCUGAUCCUGAAUGUUGAUUGGUUAAAACCGCAUUCCAGCCGGUGUCUAUUCCAGAAGUUGCCACCGGCUAAAUCUAUGACGUUAAAAUGCCUAUUUCCUCUGUUCCAUCUGACUGAGCAAUCCACUGUCUCAUCAGCCCAGCCAGGCAACGUAUAAACUUGAUCUCCACUAUGAAAAGCAUCUACACAUUAUCUCACAUUUCUAGCAUUUCGUUUUCAACAGCGGAGAUUUGUGUAAACCUUGCUGUUCGUCUCUCCGACAUUUGCAACAUUGUUUCAAUAUUGAAAUUCGAUCUCCUGCUGUCCGGUAGUAAUGGUAGUAAUGAACGUGUCGGGAGUCGGGACGAGACAGACAGGCAGGCAGCGUUUCUCAGCCAGUCUAAAUCAUGAAUAAUCUGGCAUCAAUUGUAUGGAUAUAUACAUAAAAAUGUCAAUUAAAAAAAGGUACUACGAACCACAGCUAAUUUGCAGUCUUUCCAGCUUCAGUUUGAAGUGAUUGUUACUGUAGCUGUGCUGUUGGCUACCUCCUCUGAACAACAGUGUCCUGACGAGUGAGCACAUUUUCUAUGCCAGGCAAAAUCGCGCCUCAUUAGCAAAUUGUUAUGGAUGUAUCCAAAUAAAUGUCACUAGAAAACAGCCUAAACAAAUGCAAAUGCAGCUACUUUGCUGUUAUUCUGGCUGCACUUUUUGACAUGACUGUAAGUUAGCCGUAGUUGGCUAGCUAGCAAGCAAGGGAUGAGAACGUUGCCAGCCAGUAUGGCAAUGGAACAUUUAGAAUGAACGACUGUGUCGCGUCCAUAGAUACAGGUGUGUGUGUGUGAAGGGAAAGGGAAGGCCUUAGCUACCAAUGUUGUUAUGGGUGUUGUGUCUUAAUUCUGUGGAGGGCGUGGGAUUCAGUGUGUGUGCUUGGAGGAGGGACUGUGCAGUAGUGUUAGGGGAUGUAGAGGUGCCUUCCCAGCAAACCAAAAUUGGUUCUGUGAAAAUUCCCAAAACAUUCGUUAGGUUGCAGCAAAUGUUCUCAUAACACAAAAACUGUCCAGCUGUGCUGAUGAUUAUACAAUGUUUGUAUAAAACAUUUGCCUGACUUUGCAAGAAUGUUCCCAGAACACAUUGCAUCUGUUCUUUAAAGGUUCCCAGAAUGUUUCAUUAGGUUGUGGGGACAGUCUGGUGGGAACAUUGUGGGGACAUCACAAAAUAUAUGUUGUCAUAACACAAAAACUGUCCAGUUGUGCUGAUGAUUAUAAUGUUUCUAUUAGGUUGAAAAAACACUCCCAGAACAAAUGUUUUAUGUUCUUUAAAAGUUCCUAAAACAUUUAUUUAGGUUCUGGGAACAUUGUGGGGAUAUGACAAGAGAUUCAACAUUUUAUGUUGCAAGAAUGUUGACAGAAUAGCUGCUCUGAGUUAUUUAAAGGUUCCCAGAACAUUUAUUUAGGUUGUCGGAACAAGAGAUAGGUUCCCAAAACACCAAAUCUGUCCAGUUGUGAUGACAUUCUUACAAUGUUUGUAUCAGGGUGCACAAAACAUACCCUCAAUGUUCUUAGUAUGUUAUUCCUAUGUUCCCAGAAUAAUACAAUUACGUUUUGAACAGUCCAUGGAGGCUUCUUUCAUGUGUUAGUGUUAUCUUACUGUUGAAAAAAUGUGUUGUACAACAAUCCAUGUAGAAACACAUAUGCCUUGUUUGGAAUCUCAUCAUAAUUUAUUAGACAUUUAUUCUACAAACAUAGUUUUACUGUAUUUUGUUGAUUGUCUCAAUCUGGGAGCUUUGGAGUGUUAUAUUUGGAAUUGAUCCACUGCGCCACUGUGAUGGGACUAACACAAAUAUACAUCUGUUUACACCUUUACUGUGACUUCCAAGUUGUGGUCUACACUAUAUAUACAAAACAAUGUGGACAUCCCUUCAAAUUAGUGGAUUCGGCUAUUUCAACCACACAGGUGUAUAAAUUCGAGCAAACCGCCAUGGAAUCUCCAUAGACAAACAUUGGCAGUAGAAUGGCCUUACUGAAGAGCUCAGUGACUUUCAACGUGGCACUGUCAUAGGAUGCCACCUUUCCAACAAGUCAGUUCGUCAAAUUUCUGCCGUGCUAGAGCUGCCCCGGUCAACUGUAAGUGCUGUUAUUGUGAAGUGGAAACAUCUAAGAGCAACAACGGCUCAGCCGCGAAGUGGUAGGCCACAUAAACUGAUAGAACGGGACCUCCGAGUGCUGAAGCAUGUAACACGUAAAAAUCGUCUGUCCUCGGUUGCAACAAUCACUACCGAGUUCCAAACUGCCUCUGGAAGCAACGUCAGCACAAUAACUGUUUGUCGGGAGCUUCCUGAAAUGGGUUUCCAUGGCCGAACAGCUGCCCACAAGCCUAAGAUCACCAUGCACAAUGCCAAGUGUCGGCUGGAGUGGUGUAAAGCUAACCACCAUUGGACUCUGCCCGAAUGCAUAGUGCCAACUGUUAAGUUUGGAGGAGGAGGAAUAAUGGUCUGGGGCUGUUUAUCAUGGUUCGGGCUAUGCCCCUUACUUCCAGUGAAGGGAAAUCUUAAUGCUACAGCAUACAAUGACAUUCUAGACAAUUCUGUGCUUCCAACUUUAUGGCAACAAUUUGGGGAAGGCCCUUUCCUGUUUCAGCAUGACAAUGGCCCCGUGCACAAAGCGAGGUCCAUACAGAAAUGGUUUGUUGAGAUCAGUGUGGAAGAACUUGACUGGCCUGCACAGAGCCCUAACAUUUUACAUUUUAGUCAUUUAGCAGACGCUCUUAUCCAGAGCGACUUACAGUUAGUGAGUGCAUACAUAUUUCAUACCUUUGGGAUGAAUUGGAACGCCGACUGCGAGUCAGGCCUAAUCGCCCAACAUCAGUGCCCGACCUCACUAAUGCUCUUGUGGCUGAAUGGAAGCAAGUCUCCCGCAGCAAUGUUCCAACAUCUAGUGGAAAGCCUUCCCAGAAGAGUGGAGGCUGUUAUAGCAGCAAAGGGGGGACCAACUCCAUAUUCAUGCCCAUGAUUUUGGAUUGAGAUGUUCGACAAGCAGGUGUCCACAUACAUUUGGUCAUGUAGUGUAAACCUAGAAAAAUAAGUAUCCUCUAUCAUGUAUUACUCUACCAAUAUUCUUUAUAUACUGUAAAGUUGGGAUGUUUUUACUUUAAAUUUGAUUUCAGAAAUCAUGUUAAAUUAUUGCCUGACAGAUUGCGAUGUGUACAUAGAUGUGCAUAUGAACUAAGAUGUAUAGCCAUAGUUUGGAUCAUAAUUUAAGGAUUUCAGUAUCAAGGGAAAUCCACUCUAAAUAUUAGGAUCCUGGUGGCGCAGCAGACUAAGUAGCUUACAGGGCUCGAAGAUGCAGAUCGCAGGUUCGAAUCUACUUCAUCACCAUUAUUUAAAAAAGCUAUAGCUAUGUUUAGACAAUACCCUAAUAUGAUGAUGUAAGAAUACUGAAAUACCAUUUCUUUAAAUGUUUGGCAACUUCAUAUAAUAAUGUUACAUUACACAUCAAUAUUAGCAGAACAUUCCAGCAAUGUUUUCAGAACUACUUACAUUAUCGUUGAAGUAUGUUUUUAGAACAAUUCUGGAUCAUCUUUUCAUAACCUUACAGAAUAACUUUAUAAGAGUCCUUCAGGAAUGUUUCUUGUUUGUUGUUAAAGGUUUUAGAAGUAAUAUCUCCAUCAACAUUAGCAGAACGUUCCCGUAAUGUUUCCUCAGAACCACUUCUAUUAGAAAUCUUAAGUAAUGUUCUGGGAAUGUUCCUGGUUCGCUGUGUUAGGUAUCACUGCGAUAGGUGGAAAGGGAUAGAGCCAGGUGUUUUUGGACUUCAGACCCAUGCAAUGUGUUUUUGCAUGCGUCUGUGUGUGUGUAUGUGUGUCCCCAUGUGUGUGUGUUGGGACCCCAGGUCCUGUGGCGUGGUGCUGUGAUGCUGGGUGUCACACUGCUCCAGCCAGAGCCCUGCAGCCACAGAGAGAACCAGCUGUGGCACUGA